GAACCCCCUUGCAAGUGGGUAAAGGAGGGGGGAGUCGUAAGUGGUGAAAGCCUAGUGUGACAGUGAAUGGCUUUGAAAAAAAAUAUACUUUGCAAAGGUCUAGUCUGAAGGAGAGAGUGAGGCUGGUCAUGUGUCAUGGAACUCCAUCAUAGUUUUACUUCGUAAAUUCUGCAAGGACGAGAUCUAGUAAAGAGGAGCAAGUCACCUCUCUUUUCCAGCCCAAUCUGCUACCAGAGGUAUGUGGUUAAUGCUUGCUUAUGAUUAAUGAACAUUAGGCAGAAUGGGUAAGACCUGCAAUAAAGGGCUGCAAUACACAGUGAUCCUGCCGAGUGCUGUAGCCAGUGGGAAUGGGGGAGAGAUUCAAAAUAGUUAGCAUAACCUACAUAAUUCACACUUUCCAAAAUAAUAUGUGGACCAAAACAUCCUUCAAAAUUUGCACUUUUCCGAAAUUUGCCCUGCAGUUCUGCAGUCAAGCAACAGGUACAAAAUGCAUAUACUAGGGUAAAGUGUGCAUUAAAAAAUGAAGAUAUUGGUGAAAAUAACAUACAAAAAUACAGUGUAUUACAGAGAAUUGCCAUGCAAAAAUGUAUAUGUAAUGCAAAAUUGCAUACAAAUGCGUAAGUUAGGCUACAUUCAUGUUAAAAUGCUGAUGAAUUUUCAUGAGGUCUUAAAAAAAAAUACAGACUGAUGUGGAAAUGUGGAGAAUUGAACAUAAGACUGGACAAACAAGAAACUGAUAGAUAUUGAAAUUGACAGAUUUGUCCUUCUCUACUAGCCAGCCAUGUUUUAUUUCAGGAUAUUCCAUUCCAUUCUGCCUCUCCCACCAAAGUUUUCUAUUUCUUUCUCCCCCACCCUCUGCAUUCCCUGGGUGCUGAACAUGCUCAGUCCUCACUUGGAUUUUUUUUGGGGGGGGAGGGGGGUCCCCCUGGGUUUACAUUUCCAAACAAUUCCUGCCCCCACUUCUGCAAACCUUGGGGUUUGCAUGUUGAUAGCUGCCUAUUGUGUCCAUUUUGGCUACAUUCCUAAUUCCAGAUCUGAGCCGCGCUGUUAGGGUCGAAGCAGAUGUGAUACUUGUCACAUAGCUUACCACUGCAAAGUUAGAUUUUAUUUAACAAAUAGCUGGUCUUAGGGCAGGGUGGGGGAUGUGUGUGUAUGUGUGUGUGUGCACCACGACCAGAUCAGGACUAUGAGUUGAGAGAUGGGGGGGGUGUAACUCUUUGCCGCUUCCACAGUCCUAAUCAGAAUCCUCCCCCCACCCCCAGCAGCUGCUAUGCUGCAAAUGAGAGCUUGCACUUGUUGCAGACGACAGGUGCAAUGGCUCCUGAUUCAGACUGAGACUAUGGUGGCACAAGGGUUAAAACCCCACUCCCCGCACAGUCUCAAUCUGACACCCACCACUACUGCCAGCUGAACCUAAAAGCUAAGCCAGCAGCUUGUCCUUGUGCUGCUGUUUUGUUAAAUAAAAUAAAGCAAGACAGCAGCACAAGGGCAAGCGACUGGUUCAGCCCUUAGGGUAUAAGUAGGAAAAUACAUAGAAGAAAGUUAGGCAAUGUAGAAGAGAAUCCAGCUUCAAACCAGCACCAAGUAACCUUAGCCCUGGAAAGCUUUUCAGCUGUACAUGUGGGGAUAGUUUGGUCUGGGUCAUAAAUUGACCAAAUGACUUUGUAUUUGCACUUAGGGCAAAGGGAAGACAAAUGGGCUGUUGAGACUUGGUCCCCAAAGAAACGUAAUUAGUUCUUGGAAAGUCAUUCUCAAAUUUCAAAGCACAUUAUACCUAAGGGAGGCAACUGCACCAGGAUGUGGCAUGCUGUGAAAUUAGGUCAGGGGUGGCUCACCUGUGGCUCUCCAGGUGUUGUUGAACCCCAGUUCCCAUCAGAUCCAAUGGUCAGGGAUGACGGGGUGUGUGGUGUAGCAAUAUCUGGAAGGCACAGGUUAGCCACUGCUGCAGCAGAGUAUCUGCCGUGCGGAAACUUCAUUCUAACCCCCCACCCUGCCCUGCUGUCUUCUGCUGGUUUUGCACAGUAUGAGAAGUUGGUUUGGUUCUUUAUUUAUCUUCCCUUGUACAACAAACUGUUGCUCUUUCAAUGGGACAGCUGUUCAAAGCAGAUGAGGGCAUCACUGUCAGGUUUAUAGUUCAUCCCUUCUUAUUGUUGUGCUUUGGAACGGCUUUUUUCAACUUGUUGAAUCGGCUGGAAUGAUUCCUGCAUUGCCUGGGGUUGGACUAGAUUCCCCUUGGGGUACCUUCCUGUUCUAUGAUUCUAAGUAAGAUGAAAGUUGCCGCGCACACAAUGUCAUUUUUACGCUAGUGUGAUAUUCCCAAUAUUAUGCGUUAUUGGAGUGGAAAUAACAGUUUGUGUUGGAUUAGAGCUCCUUCAAAUGGCCCACCUUCCUGCCUACAUUCUCUUCACUCUUUUUUUAAAAAAAAAGAGUGUGAUUUUAUUUUCCUGUGUAUUUUUAUUUUUGCUGCUCUUCUAAUUUAACUUCUUGAAUCACCAGGUGGAUCACUCUGUUACUUGUGUUCCAUGUUCCCCCCCACCCCCCGAUCUCCAUUAUCUUCAAUUGGUUCAAUUUACAGUUCUGGGUUAUUGCUAUUCUUUGACAGAGUAAAUUUAAUCCUCUCCCAUUCAGACCAUUUUCUCCUUGUGGCAAUGGGGCCAUCCCAGAAAUUAGUUAGCUGACUUGAGAGGCAGCAGAGUGCCAUCAAACACAGGAAGCUGUAGCCAAAGCCCCAUGAUCCACCUGGAACAAAAAGGUCUGACGCAGUGUCAACGGCAUGAGAUUCCCAUUCAGGCAUUAAUUUUCUCUUACUACCUUCAAAAAUGCAAUCUCCGGUAUAGGUAAUUGCUGAAAGAUGGCCUCGGUAAUGCCAAGAGCUUUGGCUGUUCACUAUUAUUAGCUCCCAUCAAAUCUGCAGGGUACUAAGUUGUUACACCUGUUGUGAUUAUUGCUACUUCUCACCUUCCCCCUUCUGGGCUUCCUUUCAGUUUAAAAUGCCGCCCCCCUUGUAGUAACCCAACUUUGACUGUCAAUGCAGGUCAUUGUCUGUCAGUUCACCUGACUAGAUGCCAACAAAUGAGCUCACAGAUGGCUUUAAGUCAGGAGUCCCCAACCGUUUGGGGCCUGCCAGACACAUCUGGAAAUGGGUUGAGGGAAUUGUGAAAUACAGUGGUACCUUGGGUUACAUACGCUUCAGGUUACAUAUGCUUCAGGUUACAGACUCCACUAACCGAGAAAUAGUACCUCGAGUUAAGAACUUUGCCUCAGGAUGAGAACAGAAAUCGUGCUCUGGCAGCGCGGCAGCAGCGGGAGGCCCCAUUAGCUAAAGUGGUGCUUCAGCUUAAGAACAGUUUCAGGUUAAGAAUGGACCUCCAGAACGAAUUAAGUACUUAACCCGAGGUACCACUGUACCUUUUUUGCAGAAGAAAAUCAAGCAAUACUCAGAACACACACACCCAAAGAAACAGACAAAACAACUAUUGGCCCCAACAAAUAGAACACAGACAAAAGCAGACAGCAUCCCCCCAAAAAAGGCACACACAUCAAAUAAUAACCAAAACAAACCUAUUUAAUUUUAAAACUGGGAUGGGCAGGUGCUAAGUGGGGGGGUGCUUAAGGGCACUGUUGUUGUUUGAAUUUAUAUACUCCCCUCUACCCGAAGGUUCACAGCACAAAAUCAAAAUAUAAAACCACAACAUAAAUAAUGCACACAGGUGCUACAUUGGGGACCCCACCCUUAAACGCCUGCCUCUUCCAGUCACUCAACAACACACACACUUUUAUUUAGCAUUUUUUUCAAAGCCAUUUAGAAUUUAAAUUACUUUAAAAAUGAUACAAAAUCAAAACAAUUAAGGAAGAAUUUUUACAACAUUCCUUGUGAUUUGGUGUAUUUUUCAGGAUCACCCUGGCUUGGUCUUCUCUUCCCUAGUAAUAGUUCACAUAAUUCCAGCAAAGGGAAGAAGGAAGCCUUUAUUACUUCUGCUUUAAUUGCCCAUGAGUCCUGUAAACUUGCAUUCUCAUUAUCAUGAUCCAUUAGCCUGGGUGGAUUAGAAUGAAUAAAUAAGCUGAAUGUUGUUAUUCUUCAGAUGCGCAUGUUGAGGCAUUAUUAAGAAGUGAUAUGACAGAGUCGUACAGCAGUGGUUCUCAAACGUUUCUCUCUGAGCCACACUUCCAAAAUAAAAAUUUGCUCCCUCAACACCCAAUUUUUUAUUGAUAAAUGCAUUGGAAAACAAAAAGAAACAACUCCUAGCAAUGCUUGAUUUAUAACAUAGAACACAGCUACUUUAUAAUAUGAUCAGGGGUCAGCCAGAAAGUGUAAAACAAUGCAGCUACAUAAGAACAUGAAUCACUUCCAAAAUAUAAUUAUAAACAAGCCUUUUACAUACUAUAUGUGCUUUAAGUAUUAUACAAACUCAGUGAGAGGUGUGAGCUUGCUUUGCUGGGUAAUCUCAUUUACAUUAAAUCUAAUCUGAGAAAAAUUCAUCUCCUCAAUAACACAAAGAAGCCUUUCUCUUUUCUGAUCUUGAAAAUACCUGUUCACAACAAUAUGUCAUUAAGAACUGUAGAAAUAGCCAGUACUCUUGAAAAGAGGCAUGGAUACUGUGUCUGGUUGUAUAUCCAAAAUGAGUUUAGUCACUAGAGCAGGCUUCCUCAACCUCGGCCCUCCAGAUGUUUUUGGCCUACAACUCCCAUGAUCGCUAGCUAGCAGGACCAGUGGUCAGGGAUGAUGGGAAUUGUAGUCUCAAAACAUCUGGAGGGCUGAGGCUGAGGAAGCCUGCACUAGAGGCUUAAACUGGGCUGCAACUGACUUCUAGCUGUUGUGGCCAUUGGUUGAUGAAGAUCAGAUAUCAUUCCAUAUUCUGCAAAUAAAAUAAAAAAAUACUAGACUAGACUAGACUACAGUGAAAUGUUUAAAUAUUUCUUUGGUUGUCCUUGAAUCUUCCUGUCACACUUGUCAUCCUCUCCUGCCACACCCUUUGAGAACCGCUGUCGUUCAGCAAAAAGGCUUGAGCAUAAAUUCCAGUCGAUUUCAAUCUGCCAGAUAGUGCUGCUGUUGCUGUUUAUACAUGUGCUACAUAUGUUGGCAUCUUUCAAAACCAAUCUGAUAUUAUAUGACCUUCUGACUUGACGAGGGAUGGGGAAACUUUGGCCUCUUGAAUGAGGUUGUUGGGGGAGUGGUGCUGCCCAGGAGACUUGCAUUCUGCUCCCAGCCUCGCUUGGCGGGCUUCUUCCCCCUGGGAUCGUGCUCUCACUUUGCAUGUCCUCAAAAUAAAUUUAAAAAUUUAAAAAAUUGUCCAGUAGCACCUUAAAGACCAACUAAGUUUGUUCUGAGUAUAAGCUUUUGUGUGCAUGCACACUUCUUCACGAAAGCUUAUACCCAGAACUAACUUAGUUGGUCCCUAAGGUGCUACUGGACAAUUUUUAAAUUUAUUUUUAUUUAUUUAUUUUGACUGCGUCAGACCAACACGACUACCUACCUGAAUCUUUGUAUGCCCUGCCCUUUUAAUCUGCUCUCCCAUCUUCCACACCCUAGCAAUGACUGGGUCCUCUGAUAACAAGUUCUUCUCUUUUGCCCCGCCACACACAUCAGAUCUGAUGGGACUCUUGCUAGUUUGAAAUAAAAGCAUACAAACAUAGGAAACUCUCUUAUACUGAGUCUGGCCACUAGUCCAUAUAGCUCAGUAUCAUCCAUGUUGACAUGCAGUGGCUCACCAGGACUUCAGGCAAGGGAUUCCUCAUCCUUCCUGGAGAUGCAGCAGAUUGGAUCUGGGAUCUUCUGCAUGCAAGACAGUUGCUCUACCACUGAGCUAGAUCCCUACCCCAAACUGUACAGAGAAGUACAGUACAACACUGACUGAAACUAGAUAAUAAAAUAGUUGCAGUGGUUAAUGGCUUUCAGCCUUCAGGAUAUUAUCCCUGCAGUAUAGGAAAGGAUGUUAUAGUGACUGUGUGGCCUUAUUCAAAUGCUUCCAGCAUUGACUUCUGGCUAGAUGAGCUACAUGGAGCCUGCUAAUUAAAGCAGCCAUGGUUUUGUCCUUGUCAUGGGAAAAUGAUCAUUAUCAUCAAAGCUAGAGUCAGUGGAAUACUGUUCUCCUGCAAAAAAAAAAAAGUCAAAUCUCUAAGGAAGCGAUUGCCUUUGCAUUUGAGCCCUCUUUGAAAAUGUAAUUGUUAUCAUCAGAUUAGGCAGGCCUUUUCAGAACCAUUUAAAUAUAGCAGCAGAAGAGAUUAACUUCAGAGGCUUGUUGAGAAAUAUACAUUAUUACGCCUCUGAGAUCAUAGGUCAGCUAUGCAGAAAUAAGAAAACAGAGAGAAUGUUAGCAGCCUGCCUCAAUUCCAAAGCUAGCAUUGGUGGUGUGAACAGGGAAACAUCAUUUAUUCUCUUGGUGGCAAGCACACAUUAUUUGCAAAUAACCUUUAACCUUUAACAUUGCAGAAAUGAUAACACCUAAUAGUAAGACUAAUCGCUGGAUGCCACCUAUUUCCCCACCUUUCCUGCUCUUGUUUCACAGUUGUCUAAAUGUAUUUACCGCCACAGCUUCAUUUAAAAUAAGGCACAAGCGACUUGUCUUUGUUUUCAAAUAUACUUUGAAUUCAUUACCAUUGUAGCAAAGUGUUCUUCCCGUAAUUUUCAAACAGAAAAAGCAGAAGUUUAACAAGUGCAGCAAGAGACAAAUUUGUUAAUGCUGCCUGUAUAAACCCUAACAUACUUUGAGCAAAUUGCUCAUCGGGGGAAUCUAAUGGUUUUAUACUUGUAAACACAUUUUUCCUUGGAAGCAUGUGCAUGGUGUCUUCCACUAUCAAUCCUUCAAACUGAGGCCAUUAGCAUGAUUUUUACUCAUCUACAUUUCCUCCGGACGACCAUGAUGAAUAUGCUAAACAGAGAGAAAUUUCCAGAAAAAUCAGUAUGCAAUUGUUUUCUUGUGGAACUAUCAACUGGUAUUAGGCUUCAAGAAAAGAAAACUAAAUGUCAAAACAAAACUCACAAAUACCCUCUAGCUAUUAAAAAUUAUAUCUGUAAAGAGCUUAGGUGUCUAUCUUGGUAUUAAGCAGUAUAUAGAAUUAUUAUUACUAUUAGUAGUAGUGUUGGUAGUAGUAUCUUAAAUUACUUGCCACAAAAAGUGCCACUAUGCUACUUACUCCUACUGUGGUAACUACCCUUGAUAUUAACAAAUGUGUGCUUGGCGCUUGAAUUUCUGUGUUUGGGGUUUCCCUCGUACUUUGGUGCUGCUGCUGGUGCUGGUGUGCUUUGUUACAUUUUUAUUAAGGCCAGCAUGAGCACUUGGCAUUCUAGCGCAGCUGCCAGGCCCCAGGUCUAUGGCACAGUCUAGAACUAAUACUUUCCCUGAGAUCACCUUUAAAACAACAUUUCCAGCUCCCACCCACUAUUUUGAUUUCCCUAAAUGCCCUGGUAGCUAGACUCAGCUGAUCUGCACUGCUCAGAAGGCUGCCUUUCCUUCCUAACACUUCCUGCCAAUGUUACCAGGUAAGCCACAAGUACUUAGCAAUGGAGGAGGGAGACCACCAGGUUGGUCUUUACUCAAAUCCACAUCCAGCCAUGUAUUUUUAAGAGCUUGAGCCUAAAGUUCUGCAUAGCUUGGCCAACACACAAAACACUGUAUGCUGACUGUGCUGCUGAGGAAUCAUGUGCCAAGGUAGGGAAGGGUGUGGCAAGGUAUCUCUAUGUCAGCUCUGAUACCUUUGUAACUACUUAUCACUUUACAGGCAACCAGCCAAUGGCUUGUGGGGCAGUUCUCUGGAGGGUUGCCAGCAUCCCCUGCUGAAUGCCUCUGUGUGGUGGAGGGUACCCAGCGCUCUAACAGUAGGGCAUUGCAAAGGGCCAUCUGAAGCACUAUUGAAUGUGUUCAUCUUUCAAAGGAUUCAAUAUGCCCAUGCAAAACUUCGGGCAUUGUAGUUGUUUAAGUUUUCCGCAAGACUGAAUAACGGGGGGGGGGGGGCACGGGGGGGAGUGGUGGAUUCUCGCCCACAGCUGCAGCCCUGCCAGCUGCUGAAGCUCAGGAGGGAACAGUAUUCCCGCCAAUAUUCUCUGCACCAAUUUCAGGCUGGUGCAGUUCAGGGGUUCACAUUAGGCCCCUUUCCAAGAAAGGGGCCAGCUUUGGAUUCAAAGUCUGCAUCAUCAACCCCCCUCCUCCCUUGUGACACCCAAUUUCAGGGUCUCAUAAUUGUUCAUUAGCACCAGUAGUGUGCCCCCCCACUGCACUUUCAGCAGGCAGAGUAGGGAUUUCUGCAGCGCGUGGCCAUGCAUGGCAGAAGGAGACUGCCCACCACAUCCUAGCUGCCAGCAGCAACAUUGAUCUGAGGUUGCAAUUGCUCUGCUGUUUAUUAUACUGCUGUUUGGCAUGAAGGGUUGAUUGGAUACUUACAAGGUGUUUAUUUUGCCUUAUUUUGAAAUGUUGUCCAGUUUCAUUUUAUGUUUGCUGUCUUUUCUUUAGUAUAGUGAGAUUUUUCUACUAUUCCCCCCACACACACACCUUUUAAAAAUGAAUUCAGUACCCAGGCACUUCCUGUACCUUAUUAUGAUUGCACAUUAUGUGAGCAUGGAGGUUUUAUAUAUUGUUGACAUCAUUACAUCUAGUAAUUUUAGGGAUUCAUUAAUUUAUUGGCCUGGAUAAAGAGCACAUUGUUUGACGUUUUGCAGCAGCACCUGCAGCUUUCAUGUUCCUCUGUCAAAUAUGGCUAAUGCAUAAAUUGCCUUAGAAAUUAGUGCUUGUUUUGAUUACAACAUAGAAAGUUACUGAGGUGUGUGUGCGUGUGUGUCGGGUGUGGUGGUCCUUUUGAAAGCUUGGCCCACUUUUGUAUCAUAAAAAGGCUGCCUUCCCAAAAAUAUCUCAGCUGACAAAGAAAGUCAGAAGGGAUUCAUCUUUCCCCUAAAGUACAAGAGAAACAGAAUGAUAAAGGCUCGAAAAAAUGACAGUGGGUUGAGAAUAGCUAGGAGACCAAUGAAGCAGCUACACCUUAUUAGAUGAAGCUUGUAGGUAAUAAUAUAAAAUAUUUCAGAAUGUUGAGGGGAAGGCAAAGUUCAUCCAGGUUAUUAGUUCCUGAGAGGGCAAGUCGCUCCAUAAUUGGAUGUGGGAAAUGACUUGCAUUUUAGAUUUUGGACUUCCAAGUCAGCCAAAACGAAGAACAGCAGAAGUCCCCCAAUUUUUCCAUUUUCUGAUAUGAAAAGCCUGAAGAAAGAGAUGCCAUCAGAUGGAAACUGAAUCUGAACCUUGUCCAAGUUCAGUGCCUAAUCUUCUGUAUCAUUAUUCUCUCUGUGUCCUAUUAAGAACUAUACUUUUCCAGGAAGCAUAAUUAUUCUGCAGAAUAGAAGCCCGGGCUGACAUUAUAGCCUUUUGUAUUGCAUAAGGCAGCACAUUCCUCAUAAGCUUUUAUUGCACACACCUAUAUGAAAAUCUAGCUUCUUCAUUCAGUGCACGGGGGUUAUGAAAUCCAUCAUGUAUUGGACCCUUUCAGAAAACCAGAUCACCCUUGAUUCCAUUCACCCAGUGACUGGGAAUGCCAACAUACAGAAAGGAAAUUGUCACCUUCCAAGCAAAGAAUGAAAAGUGCUGGUGGAAAGCUUGGUUCCACUCCAGCAGUUUAUUCUGGAAUUGGCAUUCCUUCCCGCCCCCCUCAGUUUUAGCAGAAAAUCUAGAUGACGUGCAGUUGCAGCGCUAGCCUUACAGUGUCGACUGGCAAGGUGCUAAUGAGACUUUCCUGGACAGAAAGUGUUUGUAGGAUGUUGUACCUACCUGUUGUAAGAUACUGUCCUCGUGGUUUUAAAAAAUAAUUGGCCCUCUGCUGCUGCUGAAUAUGGGCCACUGUUGGUCUCACAAUAAAUUAUCUCAGUCUGGAAAUGGCUGCCAGACCAAGUCAGAUGUUAGCCCAGCAUUUGCCAGUUUGGCUCCUUUCAGAUAUUUUAGACAACUGUGCUGACUGGGGCUGAUGGGAGUUGAAGCCCAAAACAUCUGGAGGGUGCCAGGUUGCCAAUGACUCUGUUAGUCCUUCAGUGGGCAGGGCUUCCUUGCCAGGACUGAUGUUCCCUUCAGCUCCUGGCUCCUGGGAGCAGACAUAAGAAGCGCUGAGGGAAAAGGUACUUACUUUAUACUGAUCUCAGUUGUUUCAUCACCCCCCUGGUGUAAAUACAGGGACAAAUGCACAUCCACCCACCACCAUUUCCUUAAAGAGUCCUGCUUUCAUAUCUUAUUACUGCUGACCAAGAAGCUGUUUUACAUUAUGCUGCAUCUGAAAAUAGUAAAUGGUCGUAUGUUUUAAAAUGAUUUUGAUGUAGUUAAGCUUUUACCUAUUAUUCCAAAGCAUUUCCUAUUGCAUUAAUAAAUGUAAUUUUCAGCCACACAGCCGGAUCUUUUCUAAUUACUACUAGCUAUGUAGCAAAGCAGGAAAUGUAACUGGGGUGUGUGUGUGUGUGUGUGUGUGUGUGUGUGUGUGUGUGGUGUGUGUGUGGUGUGUGUGUGUGUGUGUGUGUUCUCCAAGAUUCUGUAUUGGGACUGCCAUUAUUUAAUGCAUUGAUGAGCAAUGUGAGCAGGAAGGUGAACUGCAAGCCAGUAACACUUGUAGGGUUUGCAAAAUUAAUGAAAGAGUCAAGUCAGAAGCAGAGUAUCAUGAAUUACUAGAGGGUUUUGCAAAACUAGGUGAGUGGGCAAUAAAAUGAUGAAAUUCAGUGUUGAUGAGUGUAAAGUAAUUUACAUUAGGAAAAAGUAACUAUACAUAUAAAAUGCUGAGUCCUCAGUUUGCUGUUACCAUCAAGCAAGAAACUGUAGGCCUCAUUAUAAAUUGUUCACUGAAAAUGUCAGCUCAGUGCACAGCGACAUUAAUGAAAUAAGAGCAGGGAAUGAACAGUAUUAGGGAGUACUACAAAGUUGGCUGGAAAAUAUUACAACAAAAAAUCACAGUGCUAAUGCAUCCACCCACCAUGUACACAUAUUUGUAAUACAAUUCAGAAUUCAACAUUUUAACUUAGGAUUUUGCCAUUCAGAUUUCCACAUGAACAGUUUAAUUUGGGAACAAUGUCCAGGUGUCAUCCAUAGUGUGUGUAAAAAUAUAUAUAAUUCUUCAAGCCUACGCCUUGUUCUUAUCUUUUUAUAUGUUAGGAUGGUUCCCUGGUGUGUGUUCACUUUCAUGACACCAUUCAUGAUCUUAUUUUACUUCUUUUUCUCCAAGAACAUCCCAACCACCAUAUUAAGGCAGACUGAGAGACAGUAAUCUGACCAUAGACACCUAGUGGCCUUCAUAGCAGUGAUAGAAUCUGAAGCCUGGCUUCUCAUGUGCAAACCCCUAAUAAUCCAGCCAGUGCACAGUAGUUAGUCUCUUAUAUGUUCAGCAAGGGCACGUGUCAGGUGUUCCAUAUGAAAUCUGUAAAAGAAAAAUCUGCCCAUUCUCAGCCAAAACAAUUAGGGCCAUCUAAAGAUUUUCUUCCAUCCUAUGUGGGGUGCAGAAGCACAAGGAAAUCCUUAUGCAAUCUGACACUGCAAUGCUAUGCACAGUUAUCUGAGAGUAAGCCCAGUUGAACCAAGUAGACGUGGAUAGGCUUGCAUUGUGAAUGUGCCUGGUAACCAUUGUACAGUGGUACCUUGGGUUACAGACGCUUCAUGUUACAAAUGCUUCAGGUAACAGAAUCCACUAACCCAGAAAUAGUACCUCGGGUUAAGAACUUUGCUUCAGGAUGAGAACAGAAAUCGCGCGGCGGCAGCGGGAGGCCCCAUUAGCUAAAGUGGUACCUCAGGUUAAGAACAGUUUCAGGUUAAGAAUGGACCUCCAGAACAAAUUAAGUUCUUAAUCCGAGGUACCACUGUAUAUGCUUUAGGCAUGCCUACCCUGUGCUGCACUUGUGUACACUCCCACAAAUUACAAAAAUGGCAGGCAAUUAACUGGUAUACAGCUAGGUUCAUAUACUGUGUUUGCAACCUGGUGCCCUCAUAAGCUUUGGGUUACAUCUCCCAGCAUUCCCAGCAGCACAGCUAUGCUGGCUGGGGUUUAUGGGAGUUGUAACCCAAACUCAUGCUGGCUGGAGAUGAUGGGAGUUGUAGCCCAAAACAUCUGCAAGGCUCCAGGUUGGCAAAGCUUGUCAUAGGCAACACGAAACCAGUGUGGCAUAGUGGUUAGGGUGCUGGAGUCAAAUCCUACUCCAGGGUUCAAAUUCCUGCUCAGCCAUGAAGCCUAACAUACCUCACAGGGUUGUUGUUGUUGUGUGGAAAAUAGGGAGAGCAGGAGAGCCAUGGGCACUACCUUGAGUUCCUUGGAUGUAAAAGAGGGGUGUAAAAGCAAAUAAAUGAAUGAAUAGGGCUAAGUAUCUGUAUGCUCAUUCUUACUGCUGCAGACAAAUGACCUGGUUAAUUUUGACACCCUUACUCAAAAUGCAUGCAUGCAGGGCUGGCCCACACAUUGAACAAACUGAGCAUCUGUCCUUGGUAUCAGCCAUGGAGGGGACGCUUUUGGUUGUCCUUCACAUGCUUCUUAGCAAUCUGUUAUAACUCUGCAGUGGCACUUGAAAGCUAGCUGCGUAAAAUUCUGCUUCUUAUACCUUUGUGCUACUGCUACUACUACUUCUCCUAACAUCUAUGUAACUAGUAACAUUUCAAGAGGAGGGUUGCUUCUUAUUCCUCCCCUUCUUUGGUCCUGGGGCUGAAGUGACAGCAGCAGUGGCAGUAGCUGGUCGAAGGUGGGAUGGUGAGACAAUAGGAGGUGCACAGAGUCACAGGGGAGGAAGGGAAGAUAUGUAGAGACAAAUCCUCAUCCAGACCAGUUCAAGGUCUAGAGCUUGUCCUUUAUGCUUGCAAGCACUUGCUCCCACAUGUACAGAGCAUCAUGCUUUAACUAGCAUCACCUUGAAUUUUUGCAUCUAUGCAGCAUGCAGAAUAAUUUCUUCCUACCGGCUGAAAGUAUAAGCGUGGAUUGUGUAUUGAGAUUUGAAUUAAAGGUAACCACUGUCUUCAGUCAAGCUGAAAAUGUCAGAUGAGUCAUCAUGCACUUUGCACAAAGUUCCAAUUUUUGCCACACACAUUCUAACAAAGAGGCUUGAAGACCUUGUGGUUCCCUGCUGCAGAUCCUCGUCAGAUAAGAUCUCAGAGAAGUGGUAGAUUGCUGAUUACUUUUGCAACGUGUGCCUCAGCUGCACAGUGAGGCUGCAGCUAACCUAAGCUGGUGAACAGGCUGCAACAUCAUUGUCUUCACUGUUGUCAUGGGAAUGAAAAACAUGCCAUGAAUACUAAGAAAAGGGCAUCUAUGCUUAUCUUCUUGGCUAACAAGAAACUGGAUAAUUCAUUGAUUUUGAGGCCAUGGCCACAACCUGUCAUAAGCUAGUGGGUAGGGCUGCCCAUACAUCCGGAUUUCCCAGAUCCUACCAGGAUUUCAAAGGCAGAAGGGGAAAUUUCUGGAAGGCAGCAGUUUGUCCUGGAUCUUCGGCAAGUAAACCAAAAAAUUACACUGCACUUUUGCUCUCAUUCUGCGACUAGAAGCCGCUCUGAGAAACCUAACUGGGAUUAUCAUGCAGAAUUACAGGCAUUUAGGCACCAGUUACAUGAGAAAUUUUCACCAAAAAAUCAUGGUUUUUUUUGCAUUAUUGGGGUCUUCUUUUUAAAAAACUCAACAAUUUUCAGGGUGUCUUCAUUUUUACUUUUUGAAACAAGGCAACGCUACUAGUGGGUGACCUGGAGAGGAGCCCACUGCUGUUCAUAGCACUGGUCCAUUACCUAGCUAUAGAUUAAAAGCCAUGGUGCAGUUAAAGGAAAAGGAAAGAAGAUACUCUCAAUGGCAGGCAUAAGAAACAGAAGUAGCAAACCAGAUGACUGGAUGUGUUUCUGAACAGAGUCAGUUGGAAUCUAAGUGCAUAGCAACAAGACUUCAUGAGAUGAAACCAAACAAUGGAGCUAAACUCCUGCAAAGCCUGCUUUCGUCCUGUAUCACUGGAUAGCUUUUGCAGUUCCUAUACUUACUUCCCUGCUUUGCUCAUCUGGAUUUAAGGCCCAGAAACCAUUAAUCUUGCCACAGAAACAAUUAAUUUAAUAUUGAUAAAAUUGCUUAGUCUGCAGAUAUUAAAUCUCAGUGCAUCUCCUCUGCCCAGAAGCUACUUUCACUAAGCUCGUUUAAUUUGUUUUGGCACUAGAGUUCAUUUAGGAAAAGAAAAAGUCCCCAAAGAGGGUCAAGUUGUAGGCUUUCUAUGGUAACUGAAACAGCUACCAGCCCUACUUCCCUUUCCCCCCACCCACUCCCUCAUCCUGCUAGCCGCUCAAGGCUCACCCACCGCUACUGCCGGCUGCAAUCUGCACCGCUGCCCUUUUAAGCCUAUGCACACACCCUCUGCUUCUGACUCCCAGCAGUGCCCUGGCAAAUGACAUCAUCAAGCUGUGCCACCAAGUUUGGAGUUGGCCACCAUGUUGCACAAGGCAGAGAGACAGGAUCCACAGCCAAGGUGGCGCUGGGGGGCAGAGACAAAACCUCGAAAUCACAACACCUCACUUUCAGAUCAGAAACUGUGGUGGCUUUAUCAAUUCAGGGACUGUCCUGGCAGAAUCAAGUCAGUUGAGGGGUAGUUUAGAGGAAGAAAAGAAAGACGUUUUAAGCACAUUUCUUAUUUCAAAUGAUGCAUUUUUCAGUUGCUGACUUUUAAGUAGCAAGUGUGAAGCAGAGUGGGGUCCACUACAUAACAAAUAGUUAAUGGGAGGGAGCAUAUUAACUUUGCACUCCACAUAAUAGAUAAAAGGUUAAUCUCAGUAAUGCCAGAACCCAGAUCAUGGUAGAUUAGUGGUGUAUUGUUUGUCUUAUGAAGAACAUUAGAAUAGAUUUAUCAUGAUUAAAGCCACAUGAGAGACAGAGAUCAGCAGGUGGGGAGGGAAAAGGAAUAUCAUCCUUUUCUGGUGCAAAGAUGAAGGCUUAGCAGACACCACAGUCACAGACCACUCAUCAGAGGGAUAAUUUACAUUCUGGAAAAGAAUGUUUGGUUGAGUGAAUCAGGCUAGAAUUGCAGAGCAGUAGCGAAAAGUCUCUCUAUCUCCCUCUCUCUCCUGCCGACUAGCAGAAAAGAAAAUCAGCCACCCAUGCAGCACAUUUUAAUUUUGUUCUGGUGACUAUGCUACCCCUGCUCAGUUUAACAACAGCUCAAACUGUUAUCAGGGAAUACUGAGAAGGCAGGAUCGACCAUUAUCAUUAUUGCUCAGGUCUAUGGACCUGCCAGUGAUAGGAAUAUCAUGAUUAUUUUCAUCUGCAAGCAUUGAUUUCCCCCUCACCUUGCAGCUGAAUUUUCCUGUUUGUGAACAUUUUCCUCCACCCUGUCCUGCAAAGAGAGUGAUGCAUGAUUGACGGGUGGCCAGUUGUGUUACAUUCCUUCUCUACUAUCCAUCCACUACUGGAAUUUGGAAUUUUAUGUGCAAUCCUUACUAAAGUCAUCAUACAAUCCAUAUAUAAAUUCAUGAAAGAUCAUUCUGUCAACAGCUAUAAGCCACAAUAGUUAAAUGAUACCUCCUUGCUCAGAGGCGAUAUAACUCUUAUUACCACUAGUGAUGGCCACCAACUUGGAUGAGACGAAUUCAUGGAGAUGGCUACUAGCCAUGAUGGCUGUGCUUUGACUCCACAGUAGGAGGCAGUAGUGCUUCAGAAUACCAGUUGCUGGAAACCACAGGAGGAGAGAAUAUUCUUGUGCUCAGGUUCUGCUUGAGGAUUUCCCACAGGGGAAACAGACUAAAGGGGCCACUGGCUUGAUCCAGAAGAUGCUUCUUAUGUAUUUAUGUUCUUACCAGUUGCUGGAGUGCAGGAGUGGGAAAAUGGAAGAAAAGGCCUUUGUCUUCAUGCCCUGCCUGUGGGCUUCCCUGAAGUACAUGAAAACCAGCAUACAGGCCAUAGUUCCAAAUAAACCCUUAAUAAAGACUUGGAUUGAUGACUUUCUAAACCCCAUAAUAACCACAGCAAUAUUAUCAACGCAGAAAGCACACAGUGCAAGUAGAUAAAUAGGUACCACUCCAGCGGGAAGGUAAAUGGCAUUUCCAUGUGCUGCUCUGGUUCACCAGAAGCGGCUUAGUCAUGCUGGCCACAUGACCCGGAAGCUGUACGCCAGCUCCCUUGGCCAGUAAAGCGGGAUGAGCACCGCAACCCCAGAGUCGUCCACAACUGGACCUAAUGGUCAGGGGUCCCUUUACCCUUUACCUUUAAUCCCAUUUAAUGAUUUUAAUACAUAGUCACUCAGGGAGAAAGCUAAGUGUUCCUCUUGAGUAACAAUCACCUAAGAUCUGUAGCAGCAGCAACAACAACAACAACAACAAUUUUAUUAUUUAUAUGCUGCCCAUCUGACUAGGUUGCCUCAGCCACUCUGGGUGGCUUCCAGCAAAAUAUAAAAACACAACAAAACAUCAAACAUUAAAAACUUCCUUAUACAGGGAUAAUAAUAAUAAUAAUAAUAAUAAUAAUAAUAAUAAUUUAUAUACGAGAGGACUCCCCCACCACCUCCCUAAACGAUUCCAAUAUUUCUGUGGGGUUAAGGUCAUUAUUCUUUGAAUUUUACAGAGGAGAAAUUGAAGUGCAUGAGCCAGCAAUUAAAUUAGCAGUCUGUAUUUGGAGUGGGGUGGGCUAGGGUUAAUAAGAAACAGCCCAUGGUGGAAUGUGCUUACAGGUUUGCAGUGAAGUGACUGGCACAAAUGAAUCCAUUAGACCAGAUGUGAGUAGGGCAGCCGAAGCAUCACAUUCUGAGAUUUGAGGGCAGAAUCCAGAAAGCAGGCGUUGCAGCCGGCCUUGACAAAGAUAUAUUGGUAACGCUCUGCGCAGACACACAUGCCUGCCCUGUGCACUUGAUCCUUCUCUGAAGCAAUAACUGCCCAUUAAUGACUUGCCAUUACACACGUCCUAAACCAGCUGUCCUUAGUCAGAGAUGCUACAAGGAAGAGGAUGAAUUGCUGUAUGUGGGAUAUAUCUGAGUGUGGGACAGGAAUAGAUGGAAGAUGAAGAAAAGCUGGACAGCUCCCAUUCAUAACCCUCCACUAGUUGUGAAUUUGCAGUCCAACACUCUUUUAUCCGUUGGCUGAUGAAUUGUUGCUCACUACAAAACAUGACAACUGAAAAUCCUCCCAGUUCCAAGAUCGCACCUUCUUAGGCUUUGCCUCCUCACUUCUUGACAGUAUUACUUUCCUGAGCCAAACUAAUUAAGAAAUGGCUGGGCCAGUUUAGAUGUUAAAAAGAGAGCCUGAGGGCCAAAUUCCAAUUAACCUCAAAUGUUAACUAAAGCAACCUGACUUACACUCUUGUUCCUCUCAAAAUUUACUUUAAUUUUUUUAUACCUAUUUUACAUUUCAAGACAGAAAAAGAGUUAAAAAGAUAUACAAACAAACAAAUGACUUUACCUCCUGACACAAAUAAUUUGUCAAGAAAUCAAAGACGGUAGAAUCGUUACUCAGAAAGUGCUGCCUUAGUGAGAUAUUUCUGUUCCUGUUUUGUAUAUAAUAGAUUCUUUAAAAAAAAAAAAAAGAAACUCAGUUGUGUAACGGGAGUCUCAACCAUUUCAAAAUGACGUGUGUGUGUGUGUGUGUGUGUGAGAGAGAGAGAGAGAGAGAGAGAGAGAGAGAUGAACUGACAGGAUGGCAGGGAGGAGGAAGAGAAAUCCUGCUAAAGGUAUAGCUGGGACUGGGACAACUGGGGCAAGCUGGGGAUGGGGGAGGAGAGGUUGGUGUAGGAAGUGCUCAUAGGGUAGUGAGGGGAUGGGGGUCAAUGCACAGGACCCAGAGCAGCAGGACCCAGAGCCAGAGGGGCCCCUGUCUCCACGAACAUGGUGGGUUCUGAUGCAUAGGGAGCAGUGGGGGGGCGUUCUAGGAAGUUGAGGCAGGCAAGAGCCUAGAGCCCAAUUCCCUAGCUAGCCAGGUGGGGCUUGUUAGCUUUGGGUGGAGGUAUGUGAUUCCUCAGCUGAAGCAGGCUCAGAACAGGUGAGGGUCACCUGCCUCGUCAAGCCCAGAUGCUGCAAUCAGCAGGCAAAGUACAAAAGGGAAGCCAAGCUGAGGGGCUGUGCCUCCUCAACUGCCCAGGUUGAUUGGACCAUGGCUUGGAUGUUCCAGAGAGCUGUUUGGGGCUGUGUGUGUGCAGGACUGACCUCCAGAUGCCCUAAGCCUUGGAUCAUAGUUGUAGAGAUGGGAAUUUGCCUGCUGGGGCUUUGGACUUGUUCGCCUGCCGGGCUGUGUGCUACCAUCUGCUAUAGAAUUGUGCACUCAGGUACCCUGUGGUUCAGGAUGGUGUGUGUGUGUUGGAGUUCUGAUUUCUGGGGAUCUGAGCCAGCGUUGCUGUAUUGGUAACAAUCGUCUGUGCAAGUCCUCUUUAUCAGACACAAGUCUGGAUCUCAUCUCCAGGCAUCUUUGGGUCUGUUUGUUUUUUAAAGUAUAAUCACGAAAUGAAAGGCCUUGUAAAUACUCAUACAUGUCUACUGGUUUAAUUGUUUAAUUUUGUUUGUUGAAAUUAAUCUGAGUAAGCCACUCUUAAAUUCAAAAGUGUAUGGCCAUCCCUUGUUCUCAGUCGCAUAAGUGUAAAUUUGCUCCCCUUGUUAAACGAAAGUAGCUCAAGCACUAAUUGGAUGUGAUGGUGGCAGAUCCUGUAUUAGGAGGCAGGUUGCUGGUGAAUUUCUAUAAAAUCGGAAAGGUGUUAAUACUUAAUGCUGGAAGAAAGAGGGUACAUAAUUAUUUCUCUGCCCUCACUUUCCCUUUGAAAUCUCUCCCCCAUAUGUUUUUUCUCCAGUGGGUUUCUGAGUAGUAAUCUAAGAGAAAGUAGACUUGGGGGGAGAUAGUUUGGGAGGAAAAGUACGGGUGCCUGUUGCAUAUUUGCUUUCAAACCCUCCCACCCUUAGGUUAUAGAAUUUCAACAGAACCUAGAUACUGACACAUUGUGCCACCAUAAAGUGUAGCGAGCCUGUAAUAUAGUUGCAGGUGUGGUAUAAAACUGAUGGUAUAAAACUGCACAAACCUAUAUGAAAGGUGAACUUUAAAAUAAUUUUUAAAAUAGUAGGGGGUUUGCCCACAAUGCAUUACUGGUUGUUUUCAUUUGUAUAUAUGAAACAGAAAUCAAUUUUGCUUCAUGGAUUGAAUAAAGGGGGCUUUGUCGUGAGAUGGUGCUUGCAGCUGUAUAGGAAAUUAUCCAGCUUAUUACAUUGCCAGAUGGCUGGGCUAAUGGGCAGUUCACAGUACCUCUCUCAUUGGAAUGCUCAGUAGGCAAUAGAUCCAAUCACUGGAACCAUACUGUAAAGAGCUCGUUUGGGUCUGGUAGGAGGUGCUCUAUUCCAGAUAAUUCCCAGGUCAUGAAAAUUAAUGUAGCUUCAGACUGAUAAUACAUUGAGAACAUGUAUCAAACUGACCUGGCAAAACGCUGGUGCUUUUAAUGAUGCAUAGAACAGCCCCUGACAUGGCCUUUUGCUCUGUGCAAUAGACUGGCUGGCAUGGAUGUCGGUUAACCAGAUAUGCAAGUAUUUGGUGGUGCUAUCUCUCAAUUGACCUUUAAGACUCUGCUCCUUUUAAUGAAACUUGGAAUUUGUUUGAUUGCAACAUACAGAAUUUUGGGAAAGGUUGGACUCAGCCAUGCAAAACAUGGUUGCUCCCUCAGCUGGUGUAAAGCUACUGCUUUGUGGGAGGGGGGCAACAAUUGCUUCAUCAGUAGACCUUUAUCUUGAUAUUGGUCAUUAGUAUCACAUCCUCCCAUACCUUUAUGCCAUAGCUGUCUUGCCAAUACACUUGCCCAGCUCAGUGUUGAUGGAGAGGUUUGCUGAUUAUGGUGGAGCCCAGGUAGACAAAAUUGCCUACUACCUCAGGCGUGUGGGUCAUCAAUGCUGAUGCAUGGAGUACUGUCCUGACCAAGGAUGUUGGUCUUCAUCAGGCUGAUGGUAAGAACCAACUCCUUGGAAUGUGGUGUCAAGGCUGCAUCAUCUGCAAGCAACAUCUCUCAGAUAAGGACCCACCACGCUUUUGUACAGGCAUGGAGAUGACUAGAUUGAACAGACCCCAGUCACUCCUCGGAAGACACACUCUUCAGCUGAGCUGAAGGCAUAGGAGAGCAACAGGGAGGAGAAUGUGCCAAGGGGAAUUGGGGCGAGAACAUAGCCCUGUUUCACACCACUCUUUAUAGGGAAGCCAUCCAAGGAUGACCUGUCAUACUGGACAGCGCUAGGCAUGUUCUCAUGGAAGGACACUAUCUUGUGGAGCUGAGGUGGGCAUCCUGUUUUAUCGAGAAUAAUCCUUUUUGGCUGACAAGGUCAAAGGCCUUUGUCAGGUCUGUGAAGGCAAUGUACAAGGGGCAUAUCAGCAUUUCUCCUGCAGCUGACACAGUGAGAAGAUCAUGUCAACUGUCGAUCUCUGAGCUCUAAAGCCUCAUUGUGACUCGGGAUACACUGUCAGCAAGUGACUGUAAUCUGUUGAGAACUACACAGGCAAAGGCUUUCCCCACAGUACUCAGCAGGGAGAUAGGUAAUUGACUAUUGUAAAUUAUGGCUGGGUGUGUAUAAUAAUAAUAACAGCUUCCUUUACAGAGCUAUAUAUUGCACAGAAUCAAACAGUUAACUUUGAUAGGUUGCAGAAAUGUAUGUGAGACUCAGCAUAGGAAAAGGCAGGAUUUCAUUCCCAGUGUGAAAGGGCCUUUGAUAUCGCCUUGGAUAAAAGGUCCUUGAGGAACAUAAGUAAAGACGAAAGCAAGAGGAAAGGAAACCUCACAAAUGUCAGGGUGGAACUCUGUUGCAUAUGCAUAGAGAAGAACAAACCAUUAACAGGGGAGGGGUGUCAAAAAGAAUCCAGUACUGCUCUUUGAGAUCCACAAGGAAAUAUUUAGGGGUUGCUUUAAGUUCAUUUGUUGAAAAGUGUUAUGCAGGUUUCAAAGGCAAAAUUACUAGUCAGGAGCAGUGAAGUAAGCUGAAGAAGAGCUUUAGGUGCUGGUAUUAGCACAAAUUUUCAGGCCAAGCAUAUAUGAUAUUUCAGCCACUUGUAAAUCCAGCCCCUGGCAAUAAAAAAUAACAGCAACCACAUUUAAUCCAUCUGUUUGGUUGUUUCAAGAGGGCUCUGUCUCAGUCUCUCACUGAAGUUGGAAUCGGUGAAAAUGAAAACAAGCAAGAGUCGUCCUUUUACGCUUCCUAAAUGCUGCUCCUUUUAAGGGAUCGUGCCUCAACUAACAUUAAUAUCUUUUUGGAGGUUGGAGUUUUAAAUGCAUCUUUAAAACCUGUAAUCCCUACGGGGAGUUAUUUUUCAAACUUAUUUUUAUUCAAGAAGGGUUAGUUACUGCCACUAGGCUCCGCAAAUAAAAGAUUCUGCUUAUGCUAAGGCUGUGUUUUCGUAGAAUUGUAGAGUUGGAAGGGACCAACAAGGGUCAUCUAGUCCAACCCCCUGCAAUGCAGGAAUAUUUCACCCAAAGUGGGGCUGUAACCCAUGGCCCUGAGAUUAAGAGUCUCAUGCUGUUGACAGCUAGGUCAUUCUUGUUCUCAAUACUGGCUGAAGCCAGUUUGGAAGAAACACAUAAAAACACAUUAUUUCGUAAGAAAUUACAGGAAAGAUGCGGAUUGUGGCUAAUGUUGCAUGUAAUGGCUUAAAAUGCAGGAGGAUGACUGCUCUUCCCCACUGUUUCAAGUCUCAUCUGCAGUUGCUGUACACACCAGAGAAUGGGUGGGGAUGUCUUCACCCAAUGCACAUUAUCUGUUUGGUUUCUCUGCACCUGCAAACCCCCUCCCCCGCAAAUCCGUAUUCAUGAAGCUGUCAUCUGUGCAUGUGCAAUGGCUAUCUCAAAUGUACACACCUCAGCUUAACAGCAGCAUAUGUUUUCAAAUCAAAUGGAAAUUGCUUUGAAGAAAGAUCCAUUGGCUAAUAUCAUAUGAGCAGGGCUUCAACCAACUUAGUGGGAGUACACACUGGAACGGGAAGGAUUGUUAAUGCAUACAUAGUUUUAGUUAAAGCCAGUCAUCAGUACUUUGCAAUGUUACUGUCUCUGCCACAAUGACCACCUUUCAAGCAAACAACUCAUCCAUGGGUAUAUAUGCUCUUCAUCUUCCCCUUGAUCACUCGGAGAACGCUGCACAUGAUUUCGUACACCCACAUACACGCAUGCAUACAGAGUGUCCCAGUGCAGCUGAAGAGCCAGUCAUGGUCAAAGAAAUCACUAGACCAGGCAUAGACAAACUCCGGCCCUCCAGAUGUUUGGAACAACAAUUCCCAUUAUCCCUAGCUAACAGGAUCAGUGGUCAGGGAUGAUGGGAAUUGUAGUCCCAAACAUCUGGAAGGCCAGAGCUUGCCUAUGUCUGCACUAUUAUUAUAUUAUUAUUACUAGACAAUGGUGUUCGUGACUCAUUCAUCAGCUAGCAAGCCAACACACGCCUAUCCUGAGAACUGCCUAUUCAACAAGUUUAUGAUAGCUCUUUUAGCCUGCAAAGGGUUUUUGAAUAUAUAGCCAGCUCCUCAAGAUGUAAUAAAAAUCCUUUCUUUCUGACUGUGUAAUUGUCUUAAACUAUAAGCCGUUACGCCGUUUUACAGGCAAGAGAUGAAGAGGAAGGAUAAAUUACCAGAGAAUUAUUACUGACACAUAUCUUCAUGGGAGUUUCCCAUGUCCCUGUUUUGAUGCCUUAGCACAACUUUCCUCCACCAGAUGCCCUCCAGAUGAUUUAGACUAUAACUCCCAUCAGGUGUUGCAGUCCAAUGCAACGGGAGACCCCCAGGAUAUGGAAGGCUAUCUUGAUAUAUUAGCUUCUUGAUAGAUAAUGAUCGAUGUGACAUGGGAAAGCCAGCCAAGGGGGUUGCUUCUUCAAGCACAUUGGUCUGUGACCCAUACAUGCCCCCACCAUCUCCUGUACCUGCGCUGCAAAUAUAGAGCCUCCAAGUGUCCCUAUUUUCGUGGGACGUUCCUGAUUUAGACAAGCCAUCCCUGUUUCUGAUUUGAUCCUGGAAUGUCCCGCUUUUCCUUAGGACACCCCUAUUUUCAUCUGAGAAAUGUUGGAGGGUAUGCAAAUAGGAGGGCAGAGGCUGUAACCGUGCAGAGAUAAACUUGUCUGCAGUGCAGUUUGCAGGGACCAAUAACAUAACCAUAUAUACAAGCACAUGAGCUACUGGUUUAUAAUUUGGCACAGAAAAUAAGUAUUGUACACAAAAAGUGCAGUUGUAGCAAGAAUGGGGGGUGGGAUGUAGAUUUAUAUUCAUACAUUAUUCGUUUCAUUUAAGAUACAUCCAUGCAAAGAGAUUUCUCAUAAAGCUGUAAAUUUCCAAUAUGCUUUCUCUCUCAUUAGGAAUGUUACAAGCUUAUGUGAAGAUUCUCUAGCAUUUUAUUUAUUCACCCCAGCAGGGAAUUUAAUUUAAGACCAGGAUUUUGGGGCUAUCAGAAACCAGGAUAGCCCAUACCUAUAAAAGAUGCAGCAUAAGGACAGUUAGCUAUUUAGGGAACCAUCCAGCUCCCAAGGGGGAUGCGGGUGGCACUGUGGGUUAAACCACAGAGCCUAGGGCUUGCCAAUCAGAAGGUCAGCAGUUCGAAUUCCCCGCAACAGGGUGUUGCUCGGUCUCUGCUCCUGCCAACCUAGCAGUCCGAAAGCACGUCAAAAUGCAAGUAGAUAAAUAGGUAUCACUCUGGUAGGAAGGUAAACAGCGUUUCCGUGUGCUGCUCUGGUUCGCCAGAAGCCGCUUAGUCAUGCUGGCCACAUGACCCGGAAGCUGUCUGCGGACAAACGCCAGCUCCCUCAGCCAGUAAAGUGAGAUGAGCGCGCAACCCCAGAGUCGUCCGCGACUGGACUUAACAGUCAGGGUUCCCUUUACAUUUACUUUUACCAGCCCCCCAUAGCCCAAUGGGGCUUUACAGAGCAGGCAGGGCCCCCACCACAUCUGUGGGCCUGCUAGGCAGUGGCUGGGGUGGAAGAUUAGGGGGGUGGGCAAAUUUAUUCCAAACUGGAGCUGGCACAACAAUUGAGCUUGGAUUGUUCCUGAUGCUGUCAUGUGAUCACAUCAGGGUUAGCUUGGGAUCCAGUGUAUCCCAGGCCAGCUCAGGAUUCUGCCUGACUGCACGUGUGGUGGGCAGAAGGGAACUCUGUGCCAAUGGAGUGAAGCUGCCUCCCUCUGCAGGUGGAGACCAGCAGGGUCUUAGGGAGGCUAGGAGGGGCUGGGUGAAGGAUGCAAAAGCAGGGUUGAAUUGCUCCGUUAAUACUGUAGUGUCCACAGGGUCGUCUUUAGUAUAUGCGCUGCCGGGGUGCAAAGAUCGGCCCAGCGCCUCCAAAUUUAGUUUAGCCGCCCCCAGAUUUUUUAGGGGAGGCAAACUCAAAGUUGUUGAGCUUUUUGCGGGAGGAGAAUUGCUCACCUGUAACAACGACGCAGCGGAAAUAACAGCUUUCAUUUUCCUGACUCGGUGGGAAUAUUUGAUGCUACAGAGUAACAGAGUGACGGAAGGGGGGGGACUUUCGCUCCAUUGCUUUUCACUGCCGCCAAUCGAGAGGGACCGGAUUACAGUAGGUAUACAGUGGUACCUCGGGUUAAGUACUUAAUUCGUUCCGGAGGUCCGUUCUUAACCUGAAACUGUUCUUAACCUGAAGCACCACUUUAGCUAAUGGGGCCUCCUGCUGCCGCCGCGCCGCCGGAACACGAUUUCUGUUCUCACCCUGAAGCAAAGUUUUUAACCCGAGGUACUAUUUCUGGGUUAGCGGAGUCUGUAACCUGAAGCAUAUGUAACCCAAGGUACCACUGUACAUUUGGCACCUCCCAGAAUUCAGUGCCCGGGUGCACCACCCCCCUUGCACCCCUGGGUAAAGAUGGCCCUGAGUGUCCAACAUGAAAUUGCGGGGUUAUAAUUUAUCAGAAGUUCAACUAUGCAGCUUUAUACAGGGUGAGUCUUUUAAAAGAGGCCCUGCAGAACAUGUGUACUCUGUGUAUCCACAGGGCCUCUUUUAAAGGACUCAUCCUGUAUUACUGUUUUCAUGGUGCUGCAAGGCAUUUUUGCCACAUCAGAUUAACACAGCUACACUUCUGGAAAUUGUUAUUUAAUGGAGAAAACUCUUAAUGGUGGAUUGUGGUAAGAUACAUCAUUGCCAAAUGUAAUCUGUGUUUACAUUUUCUGUACAAAAAUGAAUAAGUGUACUGGCAUCCAUGAUGAUAUAAAAGUUUCCAGAAUGAUAUAAAAACAGGUCCUAUGCGUGGUAUGAUUCUAAUCAUUGACAGAAUUUAAUAAAUCUCCAUUUUGCGGAUAUAAAGUUUGAAAACUCCCAGCCCUCCAAGCUUGUUGCCGCUUCUGUGUACAGUGCUUCUUUUAUUUGACUGAUCGUAAAUCAACAUCUGUAACUACUUUAUUCUGCAUAGCUCUUAGCUUUCGAAUCUCUCCAGUCUGCACUCUUUGCCGGCAGCUUUGGAUUUCAUGGGCUAAUCGGGGAGGGAGUGAGGAAACUGGCAGUGACAGAUGAAGCACUGGAUUGAGCUAAAUGGCCUCCCAAAUCUCUGGAUCUGCCUUACUGGCAAAUUCUUAAGAGGCUGCUGGAGCUACUGCCACUCAAGGCGGACCAAGCUGUAAGGCUGGGCAGCAACACGGCAUGUACUUCCCAGGAACUGCAGCCUAAACAGAAUGCUGGACAACAAGGUCACAUUGUGCCAGCUAAUCUGGGUGUCGGCUGCCAGACGCCUGGCCUCCAUUCUGCCUGUCUCGUGUUCAGUCACAUGAAUUCAAAUUCAUCUAAAAUAAGCAACAAGGAAACAGAAAGUGCCGAAAGACACCCAGGAGGAAGUGUGCGAAGAAGAUCCUUUUUCUAUUUAGGAAUGACAGGUGAUAACUCUCAGUGAUGCGUCUCCAGCGGACCAUUACCUUAAAAGUGAUGAGGUCCCCCCCUCCCUUCACAUAACACUUGUGCCUUCCUCACUAGCAUAUUUUACUUCUGCUGUGAGAGGAACUUGUUGCCAUGGGAGUAGCCAGGAUUUAUUUUAGGGAGGGGGCAGGACACCUACCUGUCCUGUUCCAGAACCUGCGACGUGAUAGGUCAGUUUGCGGAAGCCAUGCCUGUCACUCAAUCGGGUUGCGUCGCUAGAAUGGACCACAACAUCAUCCAAGUGACCUCAGCAAGCAUUUCUGUUUCAAAUAUUCUGAUUGUUUCUACUUUUAGUUGGGUCUUUUUUUAUUUAUUUACUUAGGGGGGGGCAGCUGCCCCCCUAGCUACACCCUUGCUUCUUGCUAAGGGACUUUGAGCUGGUUCAUAAAUGGCCUUGACAUGUAGCUUCUACAUGUGGUAGAGCACAGGAGUAUGCCUCUGACUCAUGCAUGGGGAUGUGUCAGUGCACACACACAAAUGCACACAAAGCAACUUUAAUAUGCUUUGAGGUCUACGAGUCCCACCCACUGACACCCUUUCUUCUCCGCAGAUAGAUCUCGUGAGUUGGGUUUAUGGUGUUCAUGUAAUUUAGCAGCAGUUGGGGUGGGGGGCGCUCCUUGAGGUUUCUUUACUGUAAAAACAAAACUUCAAGGCAGCUUAUACUGGUAAAAAUGAUGAAAUAAGUAAAAAGCAAAUUUUAAGCAACAACCAGCAAGAUGGGAGCAGAGCAGGAAGAUAAAACAAUGUAAGCCGAAGACAGAAAGAUAAAAACAGCAGCUAAUAUUAAUGCAGUUCUCUCCAUGUGUGCUCAGAAGUAAGACCCACUGAGUUCAAUGGGACUCACUCCAGGUAAGCAUACAGUAUAUAGGACUGCAGCCUUAAAGGUGUUUUUCUUUUGUUUUUGUAAAUGUCAUUUUAUUGAAGUUUCCAGUAAAUUGCAUAAUAAAUAUUCACCAACCUACAACAGAACAAAUAGCAAGGUUCCUGUAUGGUGCUCUCAUCCUAGGUGAGUGUUCUGUUUUAAUUUUAGUAAAUCUCUCCAGAAUGGACAUCUUGGAGGCCCAGUAUUUUCCAUUCUUCUAUUAUGAAUCACAAAAAUGGGCACCAAACUUCUAUAUUGUCAUGCCUCAUCACACAUGCACCUCACCUCACAAGCCUGCUAUGGUGUUUUGUCUCAUGCAUGUUGGUUCUUAUAAUUUACAGCACAUUAUAAAUGGCUGUCGACCCCUUCCAGUGUUCCCUGUAUGUAAAUUUCCCAUGCUCUAUCAUGUUUAGAACCUACACAAGGGGGGUUGCACAGAGGAGUCAGAUGGCAGAAAAUGAACAAAUGAAUCCAUGAAUGAUUUCCAGACUCUAAUUAUUCUCCUUCUGUAGAAGAUAUACAAGACUGGAAGUUGGAUGUAAAAUUGUCAAGUUUGUGGCGUAUCAGUUACAAUUUUAGGCAUUUGAUAAGACUGUUUUAGAGCAGGGAUGGCUAACAUUUGUUCCUGUUCUUCUAAUUAUUUUAUUUAUUAAUUGCUUUGCAAGAGGCAUCCCAAAGCAAUUUACAAUAUUUUUGGAAUAUUCUAACUUGAUGGAAAUGCUGUGUUUUUGGAAUAUGGUUUUUGGAAAAUUUAUAUUACCCGGAUCAUUGGCCAUUCUGACUUGGACUGUUCAGAGUUGUAAUCCAACAUUUGGAGAAUGAACACAAUGUGCCAGUCAUGUGUUCUCUCAUUUCUUCUGACAGUACACUCUACUUGCAUAUCUGUAUCUUCAUAAAUAUCUGGAAAACCAGCUUUAUUAUUUCUUCUUGUUAAUGUAACAUACUACGCCAACCUCGGCUUGGUUUGUUUGUUUUUAUGUGUUUGUUUCAUGAAGUUCUAUUUUUAAAAAAGAAAAAGUAUGAGCACAAUGCGAUAACAAAGAAUUAUGGGUAAUGAAGCACAUUCUGUAGAUUUUUGCAAGGGCCGUGUUACCUAUUUCUCAGCUGCUGUUCAUGGUACAGCCUGUCACAUGCACUAUAAAGUGAGCCACUUCCUGCCUUGCUCUUGGCAGCUUGAGCAGGGAAGAGCAGCAGAUUGAGGUAAAGGGACUGUUACAUCAAUAGUCCUUUCAGAUCAUAUCACAACCCUGCUAGCAGGAAAUGGUAAGAGGAGCUUUCCUGUCCUUUAUCCUAGCAUCAUCACUUGCAAACGUAAAAACAAGCCUUUUUGUCUGCAGCACAAUCAGACCCCAGUGCAUUCAUCUGAGGUAGGUUCAAGUUCUGUAUAUUAGAUCCAUCUGAAAGCAUUAUUAGAAGACAGAAACACAAUAGUGUACAGUGAUACCUUGGUUUUCAAAUGCCUUGGUACUCAAACAACUUGGAACCCAAACACUGCAAACCCGGAAGUAAGUGUUCCGGUUUGUGAACUUUUUUCAGAAGCAGAACGUGCUCCAUUUUGAGUGCCACGCUUCCGUUUUGAGUGUUACGCUGAGGUCUGUCUGUUUUUGCUAUUUAUUUAGCAUUUUUGUUUUUGAGGCUCUUUUUUUGUGACUGUGUGGAACCCAAUUCAGCUACUGAUGGAUUGAUUGUGUAACUGCAGUACAUUUUUGUUGCUUUCAUUUAUGGAUCAAUGGUCUUGUUAGGUAGUAAAAUUCAUGUUAGAUUGCUAAUUUAGGGGUUGUUUUUAAAAGUCUGGAAUGGAUUAAUCCAUUUUGCAUUACUUUCAAUGGGAAAGCGCAUCUUAGUUUUGGAACACUUUGGUUUUGGAGUUACUUACAGAACGGAUUAAGUUUGAGAACUAAGAUACCACUGUAUUCAUAAUGGUGCCUUCUUCCACAGUGGAAACUCUGGGGAACUUCUGACCAGCCAGAUAUUGUUAGACUCCCAUCUUUCCCAGCCAGCAUUGUCAAUGAUCAGAGCUGAUGGGAGCUGGAGCCCAGCAACAUCUGGAGGUCCACAGGUUCAACACCAUUGCACUAUGUAAAUAUCUCUAUUUGGUGCCAAAAUGGAGUUCUUGUAGAGUUCAUGUAGGUAUUUUGACAUCAUUGCAGCAGGGAUGGGAAACUCUGAUUCUCCAGACGUCAUUGAACUAUCAUUCCUGACCAUUGGCCAUGCUGGCUGUGGAGGGUGGGAGUUGUAGUACAACAUCAUCUGCAGGGUCAUAGGCUUUUCCAUCUCUGAUUCUGACAUUUGUGAGAAUUGAUAACCUGCCCCUUGUCUUUAUUUAUAUUUCUCGACAAUUUUUUUAUUCCCAGAGGAUAUCGAAGCUAUUUUCACACUGUGGUCUGGGCUGCCUCUUUCUGGUUCAGCUGAAACCCCAGCUGAUCCUUCUCUUGGAGACAUGUGUUUUAAGCAUGUACAGGCAACUUCACAACUAACCUAUUGUAAUACACGGUUCAGAAAGUUGCUGCCCUUGAAGGCCAUUUGUAAACUGCAUCCUGCGCAUUCUUAUAGAAAUUCUCGUGUGUAGGCACUGCUUCUUCAGCAAGCCUGAAACCCUCCUUUUGAGAAGCAUAUGGUUUCUCCAUAUGCAACACUAUGUACAUAAGGAAGCAUUGGUUCUCUUUCUAGCCACUUGUUUGUGCAUUUUGCAGAGGGUGUGUGUAUUUGUAUACUAGGCUGGAAGACAUAAAUGGAAUUAUCUGGCCAUUGGUGCAUGUUGACUGAUAGUGCCUUUCCUGCAGAGAUGAUGAUGCAGCCCAAGAUAAUGAUUGAUUUGAUGAUGGGGAAGGCUGUGGGAAUGUAUUUCAGUGUGAUGAUGCUUAGCUUUUCUGACUUUGGCCAAUUGUACUAUUGACCCUGUUACAGGUUGAGUUGAGUUUAGGAUUGUGACUCGAUUAUGCUGGUGUCCGUAGUGGCAUAACAGUCUAGUGAGACCUGUCCAAGUGGGGAAUUACUUAUAGAACAAGCUCGUCCAAAGAUCCCCUGAGUAAAAGGGCCGUAAUAAGCUUUCCUGUGUUCAGUACUGUUCCACAAAACAGAUAUUAAUACUAUACUAAGCUUUACCAUCAAUCCCUUCACAGGAGACAGUAUGGAAGCUACUGCGAAGUUUGACUUCAAUGCAACAGGAGAGGAUGAACUGAGUUUCGGGGCUGGUGAUGUUCUGAAGGUAAGUGCAAACCAAGGUUUCACCCAAGUAUUUUCUCUUUUAACACUGUAAGUUCUGCUCAAUGCUUAUGUGCUUGUAUUAACCAUCCAUCCCAUAAGCCAGCAAACCCACAACUGGCACCGGUAGAUUAGUGGUUCACUGAUAAUUCCCAGGUUGCAUAGUAAAAAGAAAAUCCUUCUUAGUCCAAAAUUUUAUUCUGCAUUUCAAAGAUGAACAGGAAGAACAAAGACUCAAAGUAGCACCUUCUACAAGGUCAUUAAGCAAUCACAAACAAAGGAAAAGUCAUGCACAAGGAAAUCAUUUGGGACAAUGUGGGUGCAGGGGGUCUUGUUUACCAAUGUUCUUCAAAUCCUAUGACUGCCUCCCCCAACCUGAUGCCCUCCAAAUGUUUUGUACUACAAUUCCCAUCCCCUCUGACCGUUGCCAAUGCUGGUUGGGGCUAAUGGGAUAUAUAAUCCAACCAGGUUGUGGGAAGGCUGUCCUCUGGAACAGUAACCUAACUGUGAAAUAUCUCUAUUUCACACAACAUGUACAUACCAAGUAUCAGGCUGUUUUUGAAAAAUGAUAUGGGUCGCAGCCCUGAUAUGGAGAAGAUGAAAGAGGCAGGAAGUGUGAGGCCCACUGACAGGAGGAAACCUAUCUCUUCACUUCAACCCCUUCUUUAGAAAAAUGAUCAGAAGCCAGCCCUCCAUGCACCAGGGAAAUUGAUUGCUCUGGAUACCUCUUUCCAGGAAAGUAAGCAUUAGAGGUUGCCUUUAGUAUUUUUACCGUUUGAGCAUUGGCCCAUGGGAAGAUAAACAGCUGCAUUUAUUUUAAGUGAUAUUUAGUUCAACCACAGGCAUAGCUAAUCUAGCUGGUUCCUAGCCACACAUAUUUUUGGUAGUUUGGCAUGAGGUGCCAUCGCUAAGGUUUACCAGGUGAUUACAUUGUGGUUAUUUCUGUGAAGAGAAAAAAUAAAGCGAGAUUUUCUACAAUGAAUGCAGAUAUAUUCAUUUACUUAUGUACAAAAAAUUCUAGCCUGCUUAAUGGUUCAAAAGUCUUUAUGUGGUGUACGCUACAAUGCAGUAGCAACAUAACAGGAAUUAUCCCCUCUUGUGUUCUACUGUCUAGGCAUUUAUACCUGUGUGUGUAAGGAAGUCAAAGUGCUACCAAAUUCAGAAAAGGAUUGAUGCAUGAAGAGGUAGAGCCAAAACACAAUGGCCACAAUUCAAUACAGACAUUUAGACAUUGAAAUCAAUGGACUUAAGUGCGUUUCUCUACAUUGACUUGAGCUUGGAGGGUUUUGGUAAAUCCGUGGGCAGUGGAAAACAUUAAGGACAUGUUUCUAUUGCCUAAGUGGGCACAAGUUUACAAUUCUUUGAAUUCUUGUUGGUCCAACCAGCCUUUGGGACAUUUUUGAUUCCAUGCCUCAGCUGCUUUAGUGCAAGGUCAGCACAAAGCCACUUCCGGCCUGCCCAGGAGGUGGGGUUGCGGGCUUCACGCCCACCCCCCACGUGAGCGUUUCAGCCCCCGCGAGAGCAGGGGAAUCCCGGCCGUAUCUGCCCUAUUUAGGGCCGGCGCAGAGGGGGCUCGCCCUCUUUUCGCCAGCUAGCCCCCACGUUUUGUGGGCCAAAGGCACGCCCCCGAGCGGUGACCUGGGGGAGCUCCUAGUUGACGUGCCUCGGCAGGAGACUCCCCCGAUAUAGUGUUAACCCUUCCCCGUGUCUCCAGCAAAUGGGCUGGAGCCGGAUAGUCGUUAGGACCAAUGCCUCUCAUUCCUGAAUUCAAUAAAGUUGUGGCCUAAUUCACCCAUUUAACCUUAAACUAUGGUGUCUCGUGUCUUUAUUUAUCCUGGUGGGGGGCGGGAACUCGCCACGCAAGUAAAGCUGCAAUCUUGCACACACUUAACUUGGGGAGUAAGUCCCAUUUAAGUCUUUGGGACGUCCUUCCACGUAAACAUAUAUAGGAUCUAAUACAGGCAUUGUUGUAUGAAUCAGGGGGCAUUUUUUGGCCACUCUCCACCCUGUUAGUUAAAUGGAAGGAUUUGUAUUGUCCUGGUGCAGACCACUAAAAGCAAAGCAACCCAUUAAAAAAACUCUCACACAGUUCCUUAAGCCCCCUGUAAGAUCUUCAAAGCAGAACUCUUUCAUCACAGACAUAUUAGAAAUACAGAUCCAGAUCCCUCCACCAUCUGAACAAGUCUGAAGGAAUUUGGGCAAAACUAACGAGCACUUCCUCUAAUACCUCUGUGUCCUCCUCCUAGUUUUAUUUCUUCCAAAUGCAUGUUUUCCUCCCACAGUGGCUGCUUUUCUGCAAGAGCCCUUGAUACCUAUCCCGUCUAUGAUUGUCCUUUCAAAUGACUUGCUUUGUUUCCUUUUUUCUUGCGACUGCAUUGCCUACCUUUGAAGUCUGGUUCAUUUGCUACAGGGAUGGAUUAAUUAUUAUGCUAACUACAUUGCAGAGCAGGAUACUACUUGCCAAGUGGGCACCUUUGCAAAGUGGUUUUGCAGUGUGAGAAAUGAACCUUUGCUGCUCUCUCUCUCUCUCUCUCUCUCUCUCUCUCUCUCUCUCUCUCUCAUGCUUCCCUGCAGGCAGUGACUAGGGAGUAGCUGUCCCCGCCCGUCCACCCACCCUCAUGGCAGCCUUAAAAUCCCUGGGCCUGCACCACUUGUGGAUCAGAAAAUUCUGUCUGCUGUACUGUAGUGUGAAAUUACCACUUCAGAACAGAGGAGGGUCGCUUGUCUCUGUGGCUGAGUGACCAUAUCUGUGUGCAGGCUGAAAAAGCUGUGUUAUCAGGCAGGACUGAAGUAGCACUGUAAUUAGUCACUAACAAACAGCAGCAACUGUUAGACAAGGAAACCAAUUUACUGAGAUAGCAAAGUCCAGUGCAGCUGAUGAGUCUUGCAGAAGUCUUCCACGCUGGCCAAGUAUCUGUAUGUGUUUGUGUGUUUGACUCCUGAAGAUUUCUGUAUUCUCCCAAGGCGAAGCAUUUUUAAGGCAUCAAAUGAAGCAUAAACUGAAAGUCCUACAAGUCUAAGACCCUAUACAUACCACUUUAAGGAGAGGGGUUAUCGCCCCUUGAACCAUUUUUUCAGCAAUUAACCAAUCAGUGUAUGGGGAAAGUUUCACAGCCUGCUUCCUAAUUUGGAUAGGUUCCAGCUAGGACAUGUUUUGAGGACAUGUCCUCAACACCUCCACUCUGCCUUUAUUUUGGGAACCUUGCUUCUAUUACUGGAGUUGCAUCCUUGUAUCUUGUGAACACUUCAGCACCCUUCAUAAAUUUUAUUGCAUUACAAAAGGGGCAGGAGGGUUACACCAUUGCUGCCGCCACCAUCCAUGAACAUCUGUAGGAGCAGAGCCUAAGCAUUUAUAGCUCUACAUGGGUAGGUUCCCGCACGAGCCGGAAUCCUGUGCAGUCAGGGUUCCAUCUCCUAGGGAAGCCCAGGCAUGUAGAGAUCUAAGUGCAUGGGCUUUCCACCUGCAGACAUUCACACCAAAUGUGUAAACACUGAGGAUGGGAGAGCACCCUUCGCAUGCAAACUGCAUGAAUUGGGCUCUCAGUUAGGCACAGUGGCUGUGCCAUAUCAUUUCUAUAAGGCAGGUAUGGGGAACCUUUGGUCCUUGGAUGCUGCCGAACUACAACUUCCAUCAGCCCCAGCAAGCAUAGCCAUGGAUGAUAGGAGUUGUAGUUCAGCGACACCUGGAGGGCCAGUUUUCCCGCACCUGCUCUAAGGAGAGAAAAUUGAGGUUUUUCCCAGAGAACUGCUGAAGCUUGGCUCAGAACCUUGCAGACAAGUUGACAAAUGCCUAAUAGUGGGGAGUGUGCCAGGAGGGGAACAUGGGACAUUUAAAACCUAGGUAGCAUAAGACCUAUAUGUCCUUUAAACUAAUACUGACUCUCCUCUGGAUGCACAGAUUUUAAGCUCUAAGGAAGAGUGGUACAAGGCUGAGCUGAAUAGUUAUGAAGGAUAUGUCCCAAAGAAUUUCAUAGAUUUUCACAGUCCCAGGUAAGUAUGUCAACUCUUCUAGGUGUUUAACUUGAGUGUGUCCUUGUACACUGCGGUCCUGAUGAAAGUCAGGGGUGAGGGUGUUCCUAGAAUUAACAUUUUGAAAUCUCCUGCUAGACAUGCAAUUAAAGCGAUGUUUAUUUUGAUCUUCAGCCCUGUGCACCUGCUCCAUUGUAAAAAGAGGAUUUAUUGUGUGCAUGAGACAGAGAGGUAUAUCUCAGUCAUUUGUUAAGUGCAGGAUCCUGCUUUAGCAGUCCUUAAGUAAAUUAUGGUUUGCACCAAAGCUGCUAAUUAAACCACGUUCACAGUGCCCAGGCAUAAACUUCUCAGCCUCAUAUGCUGUGGUACCGUAUGCAAGUUUAUUAUCCUUCUCUGCAGAUUUAAAGACAACAGCGACAAUCAAACUACUUUGCAUCCUUUUUAUAUAAAAAAGCUUUUCCCCCCUAAAGUACUGUGUUGUAGCAGAGAGUACACCUGGUGGCUUGACUUCAGUAGACUACAUGCGUGGCAGUGCAGACUUCUAAAUAAUUAUUGGCAUAUUAUUAACCUGGAGCAGGUGUGCGAGGAACAAUGUUUGUAGGCUCUGGGGGAUUGUCGUUGGCUUGUAUGUGUUGCACCACUGGCCCCUGCUGGAUGGAACCAAAAGGACCUUUUUGUAUAGAGCAGUUUCAUCUGCUGGCAGCUGAAGGGUGAGAACUCAAAAAACAAAAUGCAGGCCUAUAUUUUAUUUCAUUUUUAGACAAAAUUCAUCCAUUUUUCUCUUGCAAGUACCUGUGCCUUGGGUUGUACGUUAGGUGAUAUAAGCUCAGUUCUAUGAGCCUUCUGAACUGUGAGUCUCUACACAUGAACCUAAGGUUCUGAUAUAGAGGGACAUACUACAUAUAGUCAUGACAUUUAACAAUAGGAAUGGCAUACUUCCAUUUUCUGAGCUUUGAAACACUGUGAAUGUUGAAACCCUUGAAUUAAUGCCCCCCUCUUCCCCCUCAUUGGAUGGUCAUGUGUAUAGCAUAUGCCAGCCCCACAACAUGCAGGGGCCUAUCUGCUCAUUCUGGUGAGUGGGGCCCUGGACUUCUGCCCCCAUGUCCUGGCCUGGUGUCAUUGCCACUUGAAAGAGGCUUUCUUGAUCUUUGUGAAAGCUGCACAUGCUGGAGUUUGGGGUUUCCAAAAGAGGGGUGCAUUUACUUAUUUUUACUCAGUUUUUCCUUUAGCAAAUAGCUGGGUUGUUCUAUUUCAGAAUGAGUCAUGUGGCAUUUUCUACCAUUGUAGCGAGAUGAGCGCCGCAACCCCAGAGUCAGCCAUGACUGGACCUAAUGGUCAGGGGUCCCUUUACCUUUACUCUCUUUUCUUUACCUGGCUCACUGUAAAUUUUCUCUCCAAUUUUUUUUCCCUUUAUCACUUCUUUCUUUCUGUCUCUCUUUUUUACCAUCUACAUUCUUCUCCAUGAAUGCUAUCUCUUGUAAAGACUGCAGAGAGAAUAAUUGGGUACACUCUUCCCACCUUAGAUCAAAUCUAUGCUGCCAUGUGCCAUAAGAAAGCAGCAGAGAUAGCACAGGAUAGUACGCACCCCGGAAAUUAUCUCUUUCAGCUUCUGCCUUCUGGAAGAAGGUAUAGGGUUAUAAAGGCCAGGACUAGCCGUCUGAGAAACAGUUUCUACACAAAUGCAAUUCUGGUUCUAAACGCAGCAUAAGGGGUCUCUAUAGUAUAGUGUAUUUUAAAAUGGGAUUUCAGAGUUUUUAGGGGGUUUUGAAUGUUUUAUGUAGUUUUGUAGUAGUUUUAUGUAGUUUUGUAGUAGUUUUAUGUAGUUUUGUAGUAGUUUUAUGUAAUUUUUAUGUAGUUUUUCAAUUUCAUUGUUCUGCAUGGGACAAUGACAAUAAAGAUAUCGUAUAUCAUAUAUUGUACUUUUCAGCUGGUUCCAUGAAGACGUAUCCCGCCACAAGGCAGAGAAUAUGCUCAGGGGCAACAAAGUGGGCUCCUUCAUCGUCCGAGGUACUCAGAACCGCCCAGGCGACUUCUCCAUCUCUGUCAGGUACUUGUGCUUUGUAGCCUUCUUACCUACCUUUUAGGAAAGACUGGCGUUUGGGACUGAGGAGGUCUCCCUCCCGCUGGCAUCUUUAAACAGGCCUGCUUUUGGUUUCUCUGUAUGAAGAUCUGUUUAAUUACGAAUCUGUUAUCCUGCUAUCUGCUUCCAACGAGGCCUGACAGAAUAGCUUACAAUAUAAAAACAUUAGUCAAUAAAAAUAUAUAAACAGUGCAAUCCUAUACUUUAGUAUGUAUUACAUAUUCAGAGAGUCAACCAGGGAGCCAGGCGACUGGUCUGGAGACCUCCAGUCCUGUGACUGAAAUGUCUGGGUCCAAAAGUGUAUCGGGGUCACUGGCAGUAUGGUCUUCUGUUGGGGGUCCUACUUCUUCUUCUCCUCCUCUUCCUCCAAGGUAGCCCUGUUUCCAGACCUGAGAAGGACUGAACCCUGACAUGCAGCUGCCCACUGUAGCUCUAGUGCUCAAGCAGAGCUCAACCUAUACCAGAGCCACGCCUUAUUUCCCUUCCUAUUUUUGUAGCUGUUCUUACUUUUAUGUUCACACAAUGGCAUUGACAUCAAAACAGCAGCUUGUAUUCCUCACCCCCUUUAAUACAGAUUUACUGGGGAAAUCCAGUAAAUUAAAAGUCCUGCUUCUAAUGUUUGCGGAAAUGAACCAUUUGCAAUAUUACGACUUGAUGGCAAAGUAUCCUAUAUUUCUGAGAGAACUUAGUUGGAUGGAGAAGGAGGCUCUCAUGCUGGCUGCAAGUCAUCUGUAGUUUACUAAGGAUGGUAGUAAUUGCAGCUUAAUGAGGGGUAAACUUUCCUUAUUUUUACUAUUGUUUAGUAAACUUGUAUACUACCCUUCACCUGAAGAUCACAGGGCAUUUCGCAAAAUAAAAAUACAAAACGAGAGCACAGAAUACACAAUAAAGCAAAAAACAAACAAACCACCACUGCAAGGCCAUCCUGCCCUGAGAGGAAGAGAAGCUACAACAGCCUGGAGAGCUCUCCACCAUCUAGCUCUCAGUAGUUUACCUGAGGUGGCCUCUCCCUCCCACAGGAUCACCACAAAGCUGCCCAAGGAACCAUCUUGCCCUGGGAGAAAGAGAGAUUUUGUGUUUGUUUGUUUUUCAGAAAAAGAGCCCCCCACCCCACCGCAGCUCCCCAAGCCACCUUGCCUUGGCUGUUUAUAUAGCUUUGAGUGAUGCUUACUGUUUUACCUGUUCUACAUAAACUGCUUUGCGAGAUUCGCCUGCAAAGCAAUAUAUAAAUAAAUGAUAAAUCAAAAAAGAUCAGCAGCCUUCUUGCCCAGUAUGGACCUUAUAGUCCUGGCUUGCAUGCUGUAAUGUUUUUUUCUCUCAGCCUCCCUCCCUCCUUCCCCACUCCACCACAGCCAUCCUUUUGUAAUUGAAAACAGAGCACAGCAUCUCUCAAAAGUGGCUGUGUGAUGCUUCUUCUUUCCCAGGUAGACCAUUAUUCCAUCUUUUCAAAUGUUUAUGAGUUGCCUCUUUGCCAAAGCACACAACAUGACUUCCAACAAUAAAACCAAAACGAAAUGAAACAUAAAACAAUAACAGGUAAAUAGCAACCAUCUCUACAGUAGCAGCACGAAGCCCUCUUUGAAAUAACAGCCAAUCAAUCAAGCUAACGACAUACAGGCUGAAAUAAACGUAAUGUUAUUUCAGCCUGUACAACAUACAAAUAUAUAACAAGCUGGGACAUGGAGCAGAACCACCCCAUUAAAAAAGAGGUGGGAACCUUGAGUCCCUCCAGACAUUGUUGGGGUAUGUACACAUUACCAUUUAUUUUGGCUCCAGUGGGCUCCCACGGCCAGUGUGUGAAGCUGGCCCCAAGCCAUCUGUAGAUUUUUGAGAAAUACUGUUCACAGUAUCAAAUGAUCACCCUAAGCAAGAAGACUCCCAUAGCCGUUGCCUUUGGACAAAUUCUUUUAGUUAUUGAUUUACUACAUUUAUUCAUUUGUUCAAGGAGCUUGAGGCAUCAUACUCCUCCAUAUGAUCUUCAAAGCAGCCUGUAUGAAGUAGAGCCUGGAUAGCUCAGUUGGUUAGAGCGUGGUGCUGAUAACACCAAGGUUGCAGGUUUGAUCCCUGGAUGGGACAGCUUAAUAUUCUUGCAUUGCAGCAAGAUUAGAUGGUCCUCAGAAUCCCUUCUAUGAUAUUUCUAUGAUUAGGUUGAGAGAGAGUGACUGACCCAAGGUCACCCACAAAGCUUCAUGGCUUAGAGGAGAUUUAAACCCUGGUCCCCCAGAUCCUAGUCCAGCACUCUUAACCAUACUGGCUCAGACACUGUCAGGCAGCAACUUAAAACAGGAAGAAAGCGAUGUGGGUGGGAACCUGACUUUGCCUGCUGAGUUGCUGGAGGCAGGUAAACAAGCACAAGACAAAACUGGCAGCAAUUCAAAUGAUAGGGAGCAGUUCAGUUGCUCCACUCACUCUUAGGCUACUCCUUCAGCUGCUUUAGCAACAGGCAUUGAGAGAAGCUUAAAACAGGGAGGAGCCCAGAGUGGCAUCCCACUAACAGCAAAGUAUGGGUAGCCGGUGGGUGGUUCUGCCCCGGGCACUUUCACGCUGGGUUUGGCCUAACCUGCAUGUGCUCUGCCACUGAGCUAUGGUUCCUCCAAGUGACCCACCUUAUUCUCAAAUAUGACCUAACCAAGGUAAGAGCAGGGACUUUCCUUCCUGUAUUUGGCAAUGCAGAAACCAUGAAGAUAGUUUCCUUCUGCCCUGACCUUUUAUAACAGGGGUGGGGAAGCUCCUCCCACCUCAAGGCCGCAUUCGCUUCUGGACAACCUUCUGAGGGUCACAUGCCAAUGAGGAGGAGCACCAGAAGCAUGAGUGGUUGAAGCAGCAAAUGGAAAGUUUAGCUUUGUACAGUCAGCUAGUUUGUACAUGCACACACUCUAUCUCUAUCCUCCAUCCCAACAAGCAAGAGGCAUUAUCAGAGUUCAAGGAGACAUUCCAGGCAGGCAAAAGCACUCAAGGAAGGUAUGAAGUAGGGGCCAGUGAGGGGCGUGGCCUGGGGGGAGAGUCCUGAGGGCCAAACAAAUAGGGUGCAAGGCUGCAUUAUCCACUGAGCCUGAAGUUCCCCAUCCCUGUUUAGCGAGUACCCUUACACAAAAAGGCUGUGGUUUAUCCUUCAUCCUUCUCUGUUGGGCCAGGUAUCAUACAUGCUAUUCAUGGGAGCACUGAUGCUUGUGUUAGUGGGCUUCAUAUUGGCCAUUGGUUUGGACUGACUUGUAUUACAUUGGUUUAGCUAUAUUAGAACAACAGAUGCCUAGGAAGUUACUGCUCCAUCAUGUCUCCUCUGGUGAGGGAUGUUAAUUCAAAAUUGCCUUGAUGAUUUGUGUGAUUAAAUAUUUAGUAAGAGGGCCUGACUGACCAUUUUCAUUAAUACAGCACCAUUGCUCUUCAUAAAGGCCUUUCACAGGACUCUAAAUGCUAAGGAUUUUAAGCAUAGCUUUAGUGCUCUAUCCCAUGCUGGUUUCUGCCAGCGCUGGAAGCAUUUUCACAACUGCUCCAAAAACUGCUUUUCAUCCAAAAUGUUUCCUUUCUGAAUGUCAUUAAAGUAGGAUACAAAGCAAAACAAAACCAUUUAAAAAUUAAAUGAGUGGGAAUCCCAGACUGUUGUCAAAUGUUUUGUUUUCUCCCUUUGGUACCCAGACAUGAAGAGAACGUACAACACUUUAAAGUGAUGAGGGACCCAAAGGGCAACUACUUUUUGUGGAGCGAAAAGUUCCUGUCACUAAAUAAACUUGUGGAAUUCUACAAGACUUCUUCCAUCUCCAGACAUGCACAGAUCUUCCUGCGGGAUGAGACCCAGAAAGAACAGCAGGUAAAUCUCAAGGAGCUCUGUUUUUACCAAGCCAGGGUGAAUGAGUACGUACAUAUGAAGCAGAAGCAUGUACCGUAAUUAGGACUUUUUCCAUGAGACAAAAUUGUGCCCAAUCCCACCUUUUCUUUUCUUUUCUUUUUUUUUUUUUGGUUAGCUUUAAUGUUAUAAAAAUCAAUUGAUUUUUAUGGAGACAUUUAUAAGUGAACCAGGAAGCGACCUUUCCAGACCAAGCAAUGUAGUAAAAUUCAUGAAAUUUGACAAUGAGCAUGACUGGGAAUUGCCCCUCUGGGACGGCUUGCCUAAAAAUAAAGGUCUUCAAUGGAAUAGAAGGUGGGGACUAUGGUGGAACUAUGGGAAGAGCAUUCAUGCUGGUUCAUUGAAAGGAUACACUUUUUGUUGAAGCUAAAAAUCUCAUUUCACUGCCGUCUUCUGUUUUGAUUUAUUUUACUCCUAACAGCAAUCUACACAGAAUGCAAAGGAGGCCUUGAGGUCGGAGACAAGAGGCAUGGUUUAAGCAUAGUGAUAAAAAAAAAACCCCAGAAUGAAUGGAGCACUGAAAGGAGGAGAGAAAUGUCACAUCCACACCACACAUUGAAGCACACUUAUACCACCUUAAUAAUCAAGGAGAAUCCUAGAAACUAGUUUGCUAAGGGUGCUUAAAAUGUAUGGUGUGGGUGUGACCAGAGUGCAAAAGGUAACCCUGGGAUGUAGGUAGAUCCCACGUUGCUGGCAGCUUGUUUCAGUCUGUGCCAGAAGAACAAAGAAACGACAGGUCGCAGGUUGUAAACCAUUACUCACAGUGCAGUACUGAGAAGGAGGAGGUACGGUAACUACAGUAACCAGAGAGCCCUGCUUAACCAGGAUGUGGACUCUGAUAUUAAAUUACCAGGAUGUGAAUGCUGAGGCAAAGCAGAAAAUAGAUUGUGCCCACAAUAGCAAGGAAGUUUUGUAACCCACAUUGUGCAGGGAGGAGCACUUCCUUAUCCGCUUCAAAGAGAAGCAAUGACACACCUGGCAGAGAGGAUCAUGUUGCCGACCUCUUUCCAGCCAGUUAUAUCAAUUUUUAAAACACUGUCUUGGAAAGUAAAGAAGUGCGUUUGUGUGAAAGGACGGGUAAAUGGCUUCAAGUAUUUGCUUCAGGGAUUAUUCAAUUAGAAAAGAAGCAUGAAAGCAUCUGACUGUCUAAGUCAAGGGUCUUCUCUGGCGAUCACUCAUAGCCAAGUACGGUAAGAUUGUCUUCCAUAAACACGGUUUUAACAAUGAGUCCGUAAGUGACUGUGGAGGCCAUUUCUGGAUCCACACAUCCUUCCACAGUGGGGACAUUGGUUUCUGGGUGGGAGUUGAUCACGGUGUGGAUUUGCCAAGCGUGCCUUCCUCUUAGCACGUUUCUCCCUUGCGUCCUGAGUUCGAAUCCCAGACCGCACGCUGCACCUGCCCUGUUUUGCAGUCUCAAGUGUCUUUGCUUGUCUAGAAUACAUCCUUGAACUUUGAGAAUGCUUCUUAUUUGCCAGGAUGGAGGACAGCAAGGGGUGUGUGAGUGGAAACAAUCCUGGUGUACAAUCCUAGCUCUACCUCUCUUUUAAAUCAGAACCAGUGAAGGCGGUGAAUGUCCUGUGUGAGUGUAUGGAGGCAGUUGGAGGAUGGAUGGCGGCGAAAAGAGUGAGGUUGAAUCCUGACAAGACAGAAGUACUGUUUUUGCAGGACAGGGGGUGGGCAGGUGUGGAGGACUCCCUGGUUCUGAAUGGGGUAACUGUGCCCCUGAAUGACUAGGUGCACAGCCUGGGAGUCAUUUUGGACUCACAGCUGUCCAUGGAGGCACAGAUUGAUUCUUUGUCCAGGGCAGCUGUCUACCAGCUCCAUCUGGUACACUGGCUGUGACCCUACCUGCCUGCAGACUGUCUCGCCAAAGUGGUGCAUGCUCUGGUUAACUCCCGCUUGGACUACUGCAACAUGCUCUACGUGGGGCUACCUUUGAAGGUGACUCAGAAACUACAAUUAAUCCAGAAUGCGGCAGCUAGACUGGUGACUCGGAAUGUCCGCCAAGACCAUAUAACACCAAUUCUGAAAGACCUACAUUGGCUCCCAGUACGUUUCUGAGCACAAUUCAAAGUGUUGGUGCUGACCUUUAAAGCCCUAAACGGCCUCAGCUCAGUAUACCUGAGGGAGUGUCUCCACCCCCAUCAUUCAGCCCGGACACUGAGGUCCAACGCCGAGGGCCUUCUGGCGGUUCCCUCACUGCGAGAAGUGAGGUUACAGGAAACGAGGCAGAGGGCCUUCUCGGUAGCGGUGCCCACCCUGUGGAACACCCUCCCAUCAGAUUUCAAGGAAAUAAACAACUAUCUGAUGUUUAAAAGACAUCUGAAGGCAACCCUGUUUAGAGAAAUUUUUAAUGUUUGAUGUUUUAUCAUGUUUUUAAUAUUAUGUUGGGAGCAGCCCAGAGUGGCUGGCAAACCCAGCCAGAUGGGCAGUGUAUAAAUAUAUUAUUAUUAUUAUUAGUAUUAUUAUUAUUAUUAUUAUGUUUGUUUUAAAGGUAAAACUAACAUUCAUUGCUCUUCCCAGCACUGGCCUGUGGCCCUCAGAAGGUUGGCCAGAAAGGAAUGUGGCCCUUGCUUACCCAGCUCUAGCCAGUAAGAGACAGUGUUGGGGCUGAGGGAUUUUUUUCAUACCAAGAAUACUCUAAAAUGUAAAGGGUAUGAAAAAUUCUUGAUUGAGGGAGGGAAAAUUGUAGGAAGACAGUGAUUUGGGAGAGAAUGUCAUACGGACAACAGAGGAAGCUUACUAUCCACAUUAGAACAGAGGAUCUCUGUGCCUCCUUUUAGUACCUGGCAACCCCUCUUCUGCAUUUGCCUUAAACCAUUUUUGCUUCCUGCAUUUUGUAUUGCAAAUAAAAAGCCUAUGUGAAUCUGAACUGCCAAUUUGCAUUACAAAAGCGUCUUUAUCCGCUAUCUCUUCUGCAUUGGCAAGGAUCCCUGGCUAGCAUAAGCAGAGCAAGAGAGGCUCAAAGGUGAUUUAAACCUCAAGUGUGAAAACACCAGGAAGCAAAGCUGACAGCUGGCACAACCAACAUAUACAUAAAUUAAAGGAUAGGGGUCUUUCUUUCUGACUCCACUGUUGUAUAUGCUUGUUAGGAUUGCAGGAGCUGUAGAAAUAUUGGCAGAUCCAGUUGCAAAGACAAAUUAAGCCUAAAAAGCUUAAUUUUAAAACACAGUCAAAUCACUAAUGAUUAAGAUUAGACAUUCCUGAAGCUCUCUGUGUGUGAUUAAACCCUAUGAAAAAUGCCGGAGUUUUCCAAAGAGUUAAAUAUGCCACAACUUGCAAAAAAAAGUUGAGCGCAAAAACUAUUAAAUCUAACAACUGACCAUGGCUUUGUGGUGAAUCUGUGCCAUGUCUUUAGAGAAAUGAGUCUCCUUCGCACAUGUUUAUUACAUGUGCCAUGUAAAAUAUUAAGUUUUAUAUAUAUAUACACACAUAAACAUACAUAUACAUAUAUGUUCAUUGUAUGUGCGUAGAUUAUUGGGGUUCUCCAUCCAAGUUGCUGAUCAGGUCUCCACCUCCUUAGCUUUAGUAAAGCAGUGUAUUACCUAUUGUUUCUAGUAUCAAGGGGGCAGUAAAGGGUCUGAGCAUGUCAGAUUUCUCAGCACAAGGUCUCAGAUAAGCUGCAGCUAUAAAUGUUUUUGGACACUAUCUCAUGCUCUAGACACGACUAUAAAUGAGGCCAGGGACAAAAACAACAGCAGCAGAAUGACUACAUCCCUUUGAGUUCUGCCCAGUGGUGUCAAUAGUAACUGUCAAGAUAGUGAUGAAUAUCCCUGCCUUAAGAAAAUGUGCCAAUCACACACAAAGGGGGUGGGAAUGGUUCUGAGUUAUCCCUUUGUGAUAUGAAGCCCUUGUCUGGAAGCACUCUGGGAAAGAAUACCUAGAAGGACGAACAAAACGUGACAGAAUAAACCUCUUUCUUUCCAGGAAGCCGCUGUAUGGAACUUGGCCAAAAAGACACAGGAAGUGCUUCAUCUGAAUGGAGGACAUGGGAAAGAAGCAGGAGCAUCAGGGCAUAACAAAGAGGUGGAUCAAUCAGCAUCUUGGCAGCAUAAGCAGGUAACAGAAAGAGCUGGACCUCCGUUGCUCUGUCCUGCUUGCAGACUUCCCAUAGACAUCUGGCUAGGCACUCCAAGGCUGCAUAUGCACCGUAACUUUAAAGAAUAUUCAAAACAUAUCCCCACUUCACAAACUAACCUGGGAACUGCAGUUUACCCAUCACAGAACUACAACUCCCAGCACCCUUUAACAAAUGACAGCUCCCAUUAUUAUUUUUUGGAGGGGAAAUGUGCUUCUUAAGUGCUUUAAAGCUUAUAGUGUUUACAUAGCCUGAAAACAAGAUGCUAGACUAAGCUAGACCUUUGGUCUGAUCCAACAGGAUUCUUCUUAUUUUAUUACAUGUCUUCCUGCAUGAUCUUGAGAUUACACUCGGUCGCGCUGAGCUGUGGUGGGAGUUGAUACACCUAGCCUCAAAAUAAAUUCCUUGCCAAUCUUUUAGGCAUAACUGUGCAGCUCAGAACAUAUAAUAUAUUAAAUAGUGGAUUUUCCCCCUGGCUCUUCUCCAGGUUGUCCGUGUGGCAGCAAUUAGAAGGAUGUAUGUAAAAACAAUAUCUGAGAAUCCUAUCUGAUCUGGGGGGUGGGGAGGAAAGUCACGUACUGGAGCAAGCUGGAAAUACUGCAACUUAGAAUGUUCCAAGGAAAGGGUGUUCUUAUAACAGAGUAAACAUGCCCUAAACUACGCUGUGUGUACACAAGACAAGAGUGGCCUCUAUUAAAGGAUGGAGGCUAUAUCUCAUCAAAAACAACCAUGCUAACUAUAUAUGAGUCAUAUGUCUGACAUCAAGCAGAAACAUGAACUACACACACACCUGGUUUAAAGUCAAACUGAUUUUGACUCACUCUUAACAUCUCUAGUGGGGAACAAUUGACAUACAUAUCUGCACUGAGUCGCACUGACCUUUUGUGCUGGCUGAAAGGCAGGUAAGACACCUUCAGGGGCAGUUUGAAAUGUUACAUUUAGUAAGAGGAAAUUGGAAAAUACUUCCAGAGCUACAAACAAUAAUCUUAGCAGUUCUAAAGGGCAGUAGUUAUUUUAUGGACAAUAGAGCCUGCCUGCCUGCAUGCCUGCCUUCAGUACAGCUUUCAUCAGCGUGGCGCUCCCCAGUUGUUUGGGGCUACAACUCCCAUCAGCCACAGCCCAGCAUAGUUGUGCUGGCUGCAGCUGAUGGGAGUUAUAGUCAAAAACAUCUGGAAGGUGCUGGGUUGGUAAAAGCUGUUUCAGUGGAUAGGUGUAAACAACAAACCUUCCUGACAAAAGCUUUACUCCAAAUUGGCCAAUACAUUUGACACAGUAAUGGAUUGUGCCACACCUCUGAUUGCCUCCCACAUUGUGCAAUAGUACAGGUAUCUAAUAAGUGGCAUUUGAUAAAGCUGAUGUAAGACACUGCUCAGUGCUGGCCCAGGACAUUUUUCUGCCUAAGGCAAAAGCAAAUUGCAGUGAACUGCAGUGUAGGCAAGCAUUUUGCACAGAGGUGGAAGUGUUUGCAGCCUCAAAGAAAAAUAGGAACAGGAUUUCCAGUUGUCCAGUUUAAAAAUAAAAUAAAAUAACCAGGCACAAAAACUCAAUACCAGCCACUACAUAAAUGUUCCAUUGUGUGACAGAAAUUGUAAUAAAUCCCUUGUACACAUCACAGGUUACUCUGGCUCCAGUGCCCUCUCACUGCUGGUGUUUGAAGCUGAGUAAGCAUGACAUUGGCCACAAUUCAUAUAUACACUACAGUCUCUUGAGAAAUUCUCCUGCUUCCAUCCAAUCUGAAAACAUAAGACACAUUCACUUUGAAAUUAAGCUGAGGUGUGUACAUUUGAGACAGCCAUAGCACAUGUGCAGGUGACAGCUUCACAAAAGGAGUACAUGGUGGGGGCAGGUAGUUGCAGAUGCAGGGAAACCAAACAGGUAAUGCACAUUGGCUGAGGACUUCCUUUCCCUCUCUCUGGUGUGUGCAAAAAAGUGCUAAUAUGACUUGCAAAACAGCAGGAGGAAACAAUCUCACUGUGUUUUAAGCCACCAGUGUGUACAUAGCCAAAGUGUUUCCUGUUCAGCAGGUAACUAUGAAAGUAUCAGAUCCCCAAUAGAACAGAUUCAUCAUUAUCUUAUUCUCUUCACAUUCUAGGACCGACGUGGCAGGAGUCUGGACAUUAAAGAUACGUCUCAGAGCCAAAGACACCAUGGAGAAGGGAGUGGACCAUCUGUGUUCCGGAGACACACCGAUCCAGCACAGCAACCACAGGUAUGGCAGGUACCUGUCUUUCUUGAGAGGCAGAGUCUAGGUCUAGGGGAAUGUGAGGCACGUUUCUAUUCAAAGAGCAACACUACAUGUAUUAUUCUGCAUAUGCCACUUCGAAAUAAAAGUUAUACUAAACUUUUAUGCAAGUUCAGGAACUUGGUUCUCUUGUUAGAUUCUUGGUGGGAAAGGAGUAGUAACAUCACUUUAUUUUUAGAUAUAGCUGUGACAUUUUAAAUAGUUUACACUGUACAAAGUUCCUUACAUAUUUUUUUUAUUAUUAUUAUUUUGUAAAAAGACAGCCUGAGUCCAUGGUCAACCAAGAAAAAAGGGGGAAACCAUAAGAAAUACAAAGAUAUCGGGGAACUGAUGGCUAUCUAGGACAAGUGUCUUAUUUUCCCCAAAACAAAAUAUUUCAUUUGCUGGGUAUGUCUAUGCAACAGAUGUGCAACCUUGGAGGAGGAUGUGCACUCUGUUCAACAAAUGAGACUCAACCACUCCCAUGCUUAUUGUGCAAAUAUAGCUAGUUAGAAAGGCCAUCAGUGGUUUGGUGGGGGCAUGUUAUGCUACAGCUGACACUUUCUUUUGUCUUCCUCUGUUAUUAGCGAACACAGUGGGUCCGUGCCUUGUAUGACUUUGAGGCAGUGGAGCAAGAUGAGCUAGGCUUCUACGCUGGAGAUGUCAUUGAAGUCCUGGACAACUCUGAUGCAUUCUGGUGGAAAGGCUCUUUACAUGGAAAAUUGGGUCUCUUUCCUGCCAACUAUGUAGGGCCAAUGUCCUGGUAAAUUUACAUGGUUUGUGACUGUCUCUGUUUUAAUGAGAAUGCACCAUCUAAUCAAUACCUUUCAUGCGCAAUCAUAGCACCAACUAUUCAGCACUCAAUAUUAAAAGAGCUUAUGCUCUUUUAAUUUUUUGUUCUUAAUGGUAGCAAGAGUCUUAGGUUGUCUAAAAGAGCUCACUUAACUUCCUAUGAACUGUGUCUCAUUUCACAGAUCUAAGUUAACAUGAUCUUUCUUUCAGUGGCUAUUUCUUAGGCAAUUCUUCAGAGAAAGUUUUGGUUUCACCUCAAGUACCCUGUGUGCCAUCCCAACUUCAUAGCUGUUUGACUGCCACAGCUGAACUAUGAAACUUCAUGUCAGUUGGGUACAGUUCUGUCUGCAUUCUGUAUGCAGAAUGCAUACAGAUGUACCUAAUUUGAGCUUACAGAUGUACAUAAUUUGAGCUUUUUAUGUCACCAUCUUGAGUUCAGAGACCAGGCAGUCAUGUGUUUCAUAUGGAAAGUGCAUCAUGUACAACUCUGAUUGUAUCCUCCUUCGAACAGCUUUUCAACUAUUUUAUAAUUUAUUGUUUGCUUUUAAUUUUUAAAAAGUGGAUGAAGGUAUGUUUAACUUUAUAAGUGUACAUACAGUGCUUGAAUUUUAUUUAAUUUUUUAACUUCAGACUGCUCACCUGAAACAUAGGGAGAGGCCAGGCAAAAGAAUGAAUCGGUGUUCAGUUCACAGAUCAGUACACCUGUCAUUUGCAUUUCAAACUCGGGGGACAGCACGCUCAGUGGGGGGAAAUGCAGUGCAACUCCUGUUUUUGUUUUGUUCUGGGUAUGUAUUUACAUACCCUGAUUCCCCUUUAUUGUAAGAUUAUAGAAUUCCCAAGUAAGAAAUGUUUGCAUUAUUGUUCUCUAGUUUGGUUGCCCUUUCAGACUGUUGCAAAGGUGUAUAUGCAUGCUUACUUUGUUCAGCAAUUCAUCAUCUGAUAACACUGCAAUUCUGUUGUCUUGGACUGGACUUGUGAGUUGCUGUUGCUGUUUUGUGUUUAAUUUGGAUUGGGCUUGGGCUUCCCUAGUACUAGCUAGAGAACAAAAAAAAGCUCUUCUUCACAGAGCUCUUCUGCAGCAGUCAGCAGCAGGAGCCCCAUUUCUGUGAAGCAAUUUGCAUUGUGGCCAUUUGGUUUAAGGCCAUUUGAUGUACCACCACCAUUGUGUGUAUCUAGUCUCAAUAACCAUGUAGAUCCACAUAAAGACAUAGGGCCAUUCCAUAUGGCAAACAUGUACCAUGGUUUUCUACCAGUUGGUGGUGGCUUGAUCCAUUAGGGCUUGUCUUGGUUCAUUUGUCAUGCUAAGCCAAACCAUGGUAUGGUGCAAGCAUGAGGGCUAUGGGACAUGAUAUUGUGGUUGCUUUGCUCUUCCCCAGUCGUUUUACUGCUAUGCUGAGCUAAACCACAGCUUGGUUUUGCAUCUUGUCCAAAUCCAUGUUUGUAGUUUAGUUCUCUCCAGGCUAAUCAUGAGUUCUGACAAAGGUUUUUCUUUUCUGGGAGGACUCAUGCCCAUGGCUGUUUGGGUUAGCAUGAUGUACAAGCAAGGCCAUUGUCUUUAGCUGUUGCCUGUUAGGUGGGGUUGCCGUAUUUUGAGGAGCAAAAAAGAGGACGCUAUGACGGCCAUUCAAAGCAAAUAAAUGCAAUUUGUCUUGAAUUUUACCCCUGAAAAAGAGGGUGUGUCCUGGAAAAAGAAGACACAUGGCAACCCUACUUAGGUGACAAUAAUCCAACUACAUCCCAGAAUCCAUAGCCCUGCCUUUUUUUUUGUGAAGACAAACUAUGUACUUGCUGUCAAAAAAGAUUUUAGUGUUAUAUUAUUUCUAUCUGUUGGAGUGCUCCAGAAGGGGCUACACCGUAAUCCUGAGAAUGUAUAAAGUUAUACUCAUUAAAAAUAUAUUGAGUUUCUAUUACUUUGAAUAAAGAUGGUUAUUUAGCAGUACUGAAACAAAGAGG